GUUAUCCUUGCACAAAGGAUUCUUGCCAGGCCCUACAACUUCUACCCGGACAGUCUACUCAACAUGCAAGAUCUCCUUUGGGACCGUCAAGCCUAAAGUCAAGGGAUAUCUGCUCUGAACAAAGUACGUACUAUAUCAGGAAUAAAAGAAGAAAUGUCCUUUUGGCCGGCGGGAGGCGCCGUUGCUUUGCACGGCAAGCCCAGCACCUUUGCGCUUCGCUGUGCCCGUCUCCCUCGCCCUCCGCCGCAACCUCAGAAUUACAAGUUUGCGUGUUUGCUUUGGUCUCUCACGAGGCGGAAGUGACAGCUGUCAACCCACCAAAAAUGGAGUGAUUUGGGAUUUAACGGUAGCUGUGAUUGAGUCAGCCAUCCCCCACCAAAGCGCAGCAGCAGCAAAUGAGUUCACCAUUUUUCUAACGCAAUUUUAUGCGAUUUUAUCUAAGAAAAGCAAGACUUUGACGUGAAACUGCAUUCUGGAUUAGGGUUGGGAGGAAUCAGAGUGAGUAAUUUAAACAGAUUUGCUGCAGUCUGAAGUUUGGGUUUUAUGUACAGGGAAUUUGUUACUCCAAGGCAACCCAACCUCAGCUCCAUCUCUGACCCGAAAUAUUAAACAUGAUAAAUAUUAAACAUUUCAGGGCCCCCAUCCAAAUAGGAGGAUAGUGGAGUUUGUUGCCAGAAGCAAGGCAUUUUAAUACGUUUAAACGAGAAAACAAACAAGCCCUGCUGCCCAGCUGCAUCUACUAAAAUCCCGAUUGUUUUCUAGGGUCACCAUUCAUUUAACGUCGGGGGACGGAGACAGCCAGGAAGAAACCAGGAAGUUCCGUCUCCAUGUAUCAGAUUGCCCCUCUAACUGUUUCUAUCUCUAUGCAGCUUCCUCCCUCCUGGAACGUCUACUCUUCGAGGUGAGCGGAGAGACGUCCCGCUGAGCGUGAUGGGAGUUGUAGUGUAUCUUACGUUUUCAGGUCCAGAGUGUGGGAAGGAGCGUGUCCUUCCUGGACUACCGAUCCCAUAAUGCAACAGGAAAGCGAAAGAGCGUAUCACGUGAUGUACAAAAUGGCUUCCCUGUGUCGGAGGGAGCGGAGCGCGAUGGGUGACAGGGGCUUGUGAAGCGGCCGGCGCUGCGUUGCCAUGCAGAAGAUCAAGUCUCUGAUGACCCGACAGGUACCGCCGGGAGGGCAAGCGGGUCGGGGAGCGGAGGUUUUGCACGGGCGGCGAGGAAGGUGCGGCAAAGAGCGGAGCCGGCGGUGCCAAGGGCGGGUGGUGGGAGGGUCCCCGCGUCGUGGGAGGGUGGUCUUUGCGGUUGUAGGACAAGGCCAGAAUCCCCGCAACUGAAAGGAAGGCUUUGGACGCAGGCGGCAUUCGGGUGAUAGGAAUAAGCGGCAGGGUGGCCAUGUGAAUGUGUCGCAUAAAGAAAGACACGGGAAACCAUUAAAAUACACGCGCCACAAUUUCUGUGCGUGUUUUCUCCUCUGCAGGGAAUCCUGUUGUCUUUUUAAUUGGACUUGCCCAUAAGGUGGUAGCCUCAUUGGAUUGUUGUGAUGAAUUUUCCUAGGGAAAUUUCAGUGUGGGGGAGGGCAGGAAUUCACAAGCAUACAAGUGUCGAGUUUUCUUAGGGCUUCCGAGAGGGCAGGGGAUCUUAUCCAGUAAGGAUGAACAGGGAUGGGAACUUGCCAUGCAUUGGCGUUGUAUCCAUUGCUAGUCACAUCCAGAGUAGAUUGAAGACCAUGAUGACUAAGGCCCUUCAGUUUCAAGUGGGUCUAUGUCUGCUUUGAGUAAAAAAUAGCUAGGUACUCUCCAUUGCUUUCUUUUUGGUGAGAAGGAUUUCUGAAUGAAUGGGACACAUUGUGGGAAGGAGUUGGUGAAUGAAGGAGAUAGGCAUGGGCUUUCCUGAAAGAAAAGGGGAGCUACCGCCUUCUGGGCUGUCCACAUUUUUUCCUUAAUGCAUGCUUCCCAAAUCCUUAGGCUUAGGGACUGACCUGGUCUUCAGAUACAUUUUCUGUUAUUCAUGUGGACCGUGGGUUGGUCAGUUUGAGGUUUUCUCCCAUCCAUUGAAUUCUGUGGGUGAUGUAAUGGUAUUGGUGUUUGGGAGCCAUAUGUACUUGUUAAUUUCUUUUUCUGUGCUUGAUGACAGAAGGAGCCAUAUGUUAUCUGUGCAAGUAAAGCUGCCUUUAGGACCUACCAAGCUGGUGAACUCAUACAAUGAGGUUGUAGGUUUUCUGGGGAAGUGUAGCACAGAAUGGGGAAACACAGAUGAUAGUAAUCUUUGUAAAACAGAUGCUAUUGUUUUUAUGGUAAUUUGUUUCAUAUGAGGUAGGUUUUUCUAUAAAAGCACAAUAAGCAUCAGAGGAAAUCUCUUCUCUGGAGUGUGUGUGGACUGGGCUACAUUGAUCAACUUGCAAAAUGUACUGCUCUGAAGGGAUUGCCACUGCCCAAUGAUUUGUUCCCGGAAAGAUCCCAGUUGAAAAAGAAUAGAGCUAUGCUUGCUUGGAGAAGCAUGAGAGAAACAUGUGGAAUAUCUCUGUGUGUCCACUCCUGAUUUUGCUAUUAAAGGGAUGGCAUAGUAUGUCCUCAGUACUUCAAUGGAUUAGGCUGCUCUCAUUUUGCUUCUCAAAGUAUAUUGCUUUUCAUAUAUAUUUUAAAUAUAUAUAUUAAAUUUAAAUACUAUGGAGUUAGACAAUAGAAUUUAUUUCAGUAAAUGUUGUUUCUUUGUUCCUUGGGAUCGGCCAUUAGUAUAUCUGUUUUGUUAAUGAUUUGCUUUACACAGGCAUCCCAAAACAAUUUGCAAUAUAAUAAAAACAUAUAUAAAACAGUUAAACUGUGGAAUAUAUAAAACAAUUAAAUUUACAGUUUAAAGCAAUUAUAGCACAUAAGAUCUUUUCAGAUUCAAUACAGAUACCAGCUGGCAUCAAGAAGGUUCCAUGAUUUAGAAGGUUUGUUGAAAAAGGAGCAUAUUUAGCAGGUGCUCAGUAUGAGAAUAUAGAUAAUAUAAUGUAUAUAGAGAAUAUAAUAUUGAGAAUAGGCAAUAGAGAAUAUAAUGGGAUUUACAAAGGGUAGGUGUUGCCACACUAAAGGACAUAGUGCAGAAUGGACCCCCUAACAGAAUGGUAUCUGCAGAACACAGUGAUUGGUAUGUAGUGGGUGGGACAAUUUUUUAGGUAUUCAGGACUUAAACUGUAUAGGGCCUUGUGCACCAGUACCAUCACUUUGAAUCUCGCCCAGUAACUUAUUGGCAGCCAGUGCCAUGUAGAAAGCAUUUUGUCUUUUUUACACUUGUUAUACCAUUAGCUGCCUGAUUAGGACAACAGAGCCCACUGUGUUUUCAAAUAACUUUCAGAUUCAAUAUUGUUAAAGGUAUGACCUGGUACCAUACAUAGUCACUCUUUUCAGGAAAUUGCAGAAUCAUGGAAUUGUACAGUUAGAAGGGACUCCAAGAGCCCUUUAGUCCGACGACUGCAAUGCAGGGCAGGAAUCACAAAUUGCAGUGGUUGAGGUACAACUGUUCACAACUGGGAUCUGAAGCCGGGGAUGGGUGGUAAGGUGGCUUUCAGCCGCAGGGGAGGAGCAAUACGGAUGGGUUGUGGCAACCUUCUUCUGCCCCGAAAAUGGACUAGUGGGACUGAUAGAAUGAAAAUGGGGAGCUCCAGAUUGGAAGCAGAGGGGAAAACAAAUCAGACGCUCGUUUGACCCAGAGCUGCUGGAAGCAGGGAAUGCCGGAGCACUGAACUCAGGUGAAUCAUAGAACUGUAGAUGAGAAAGGGACCUCAAGGGUCAUCAAGCCCAACCCCCGUAGUGCAGGAAUCAAGUUAUUUUCCUGCACAGUGCCAGUAAAUCAACCUUCAUAAGCCUAGUGCCCACUGGUUGUUUGACCACCAGUCCCAGCUAGAAUGGCUGUGCUGGCAGGGGCUGAUGUGAGUUGUAGUCCAAAAUGUUCAGAGGGCAUCAGGUUGGCAAUGGCUGCAAUAAAUGGCUGACACACACAUUCUCCUGCAAACUUAUUUGUGGGUAAUAAUAAUAAUAAUAAUAAUAAUAAUAUAUUUUUAUUUAUACCCCGCCCUCCCUGGCCAGAGCCGGUCUCAGGGUGGCUAACACCAGUAAAAUUACAGUAAAAACCUAAUAGGGGGGAAAAAACCGAUUUAAAAUACAGAUUAAAAUGCAAUUUAAAAUGCAGCCUCAUUUUAAAAGUAGCCCAUGAAUCAAAACCAUAAGGGGAGGGAAACAUAAGGGUCAGAAUGAGUCCAAACCAAAGCAUUUCUGAAGUAUUUCUGUGGAGGUUGCGGACUGUAUUACAUAAGCUGUCUUUUCCUCCCUUAAGGGUCUGAAAAGUCCUCAGGAGAGUAUUCAUGAUCUGAGCCCCCUGGAGAACUUCAGAAUUCCAAGCAAGGUAUGGUAUAUAUAUAUAGUAGGUACUGUGAGCUAUCAUAGUUUCUGUCAUUUUUUGUGCUCUUGUACUUGUGAAUCGCUCCUUAUUCAAACUGCAAAGUUAACUUAUCACAUUAAUUGUUUGCAGUGGUGGCCUGUGGGCAGAAUCUAGCCUGUGGAAGGCUGCUAGCAGGCCCUGGUGUGCUUUGUGAGUCUUGGUUGUGUUUCCCACCAUUUUGAAGUAAGGCCCUGCUAUUGCCUGUUGCAUUCUUUCUGAUCGGUUUCAUGCCAACUGAGCUCAGCAAGAGCUAAACUGGGGUGGAAAAGAGGAAGCAACAGGGAGAAUCGUGUGGUUUCUGGGCAACCAUUCAAAGUCUCUCUUCUCGCUUCUGGGCUAGCAGGAAGUAUUAGAAGAUGUUUGGGUAGUUGCCCCUUAUCCCUUCUUCCCCCUUGCCUAUUUUCCAUUGUCUACACUAUGGGGUAUAUCUCUGGUGGGUUGUGUAAGCCAGAGAAAAAAGUUUCCCUAUUAACUUAAAGGAUGCAUUUUUUAGUCACUGGUAGCCUCUUUGAACUGUACGUGCUUUAUUUCUUAUAAUAUUUCAGCAAAAGGCACCUCUUUCAAUUUAAGAGAUGGGGUUUUGCUGUUGUCAUUGUUUUGUGGUUCUCUUGGGCUUUGUGUCAUUGUGUUGAUGAGCAGUGAGCUUUCUUUAAAAAGAGAUGUCCUUUAAACCGAGGACAGCGUAUUCUCAGUUCUUUUUUGUGUGUGCUCUGCUCUGCCUCAGAGCUUGCAACAAACCACACCAUACACUUGAUGAAUGAAUAAACCUUCUGUGGCUGUUCAUUCAAAGGAGGAAGCUAGAUUGGGCAGGAAUAGGACAGGAGGGGAUGUUUCUUUUCAAAUGUAUCUCUCCCUGCCGCACAAUACUGAGAUCAUUAGUGUAUAGUCUUCUUCCAUCCCCCACAUUGAGAGAUUAUGGGAUGGAUAGGAUUUUCUUUGUUUUGGCAUCCAAUUGGGUGACACUCUGUCUUUUAAGCAUCAGGGGAAGAUUGCGUUAUUUGCUCAGACCUUUUGGAGCUCCAGUUUUUAGAUCUUGAUCUUUUGAUUCUGUAUUAUGCAGAGGCUGCUUAGUGCUCCUAGUCUCUGAAUCUUUGAUAUUUAUUUUUAUUCUUAUGUGAGUUGCUUAGAAGGUCCAUGGAUUAUUGUGUGCGAUACAAGUCUGUGCAGUCAAUACAAAUAGAUCCCAGAUUCUAGUUUUGAUUUUUUUCGUGGGAGGAACAGAGGUUUCUCCUUUGCUUUAUUCAAUUGCUGUUUAUUCAAGGGUGUGUGUGUGUGUGCAGUUUUACUUCUCAAAUACCGUAUUUUUUGCUCUAUAAGACUCACCUUUUCCCUCCUAAAAAGUAAGGGGAAAUGUGUGUGCGUCGAAUGCAUGCUGUACAGCUACCCCAGAAGCCAGAACAGCAAGAUGGAUUGCUGCUUUCACUGCGCAGCGAUCCCUCUUGCUGUUCUGGCUUCUGAGAUUCAGAAUAUUUUUUUUUCUUGUUUUCCUCCUCCAAAAACUAGGUACGUCUUAUGGUCUGGUAUGUCUUAUAGAGCGAAAAAUACGGUAAUUUUUUAUUUGGUUUUACAAAAUUAAAGUUAUAAUAAUACCACAACACAUCCACAAUUAAAAGAUUCCUCUGAAUCGUUGGACUUCCCACCUUCUCCUGCAUGGUUUCUGUUGUUAAACGUUUUCUACUGCAUCUUUUUUUCAAUAAUCCCUAUUUUUUUUAUGACUCCUUUAUGACCCUAUCUCUUGUUACAUGACAAGUAUUAUUGGAAUCCUGUUAGUGUUUUCAACUGCUUACAGUGGUCUCCAAGAUAAAUGACAACAUUUUCCCAUUCUUUAUUAAAGUUUUGAUCUUCCUGGUUCCUGAGCUUUCCGGUCAGUUUUGCCAUUUCAUCAUAGUCCAACAAUUUAAUUUGCCAUUCUUCUCUGGUAGGGACUUUAUCUUCUUUCCAUUUUUGGGCUGUGUGUGCAGUUUUCUAGCCAGUCAUGCCCCCUUCCAGAAUACUCCACUGUUUUUCCAUCUCCCAACAGGCACUCUGCAUUCUGUGGUCACUUAGCACGAUCAGUUCCCCUCCACCUUCAACGUUUUUGUUUGUUUGUUUCUGUGAAAAGGAUUCUUCCAAGCAUGUUGAUACGUCCUUUUUGAUUCUCAAUGGGUCUGUUUUGGCUACAGCCCUGUUGGCACUCACCACCCAUGUUGGCACUUAGAAGAAUAUGCAGUUUCUUCUGCUGUACCGUUGUGUGAGAGAAUCUUCAUGCCUGCCUGUGCAGAAAUGAAUACCUGAGUGAGCAAAGAGGGACACAGUUCAGUGGAAGGGUACAUGGUGUGCCAUGCAUAUUCAAGGUCUCAUGUUCACUCUCCAGCAAAAGGUAGCUCUGUCUGAAAUCUUGGGAAGCUGCUGUGAAUUUUAAUGAGCAGUAAUGCGGUAGAUGAACCACUGCCCUGACUGGGUAUAAUUUCUAAGUAGUCUGCGACUCCUUUAAAAAGGACAUUCUGAUACUCAUUCCACUCUUUCCUGAAACCAACAAACAUUUACCAGAUUAUGCAGAAUUUUGCUGGAUUGCAACAACUUGGCUUUUGCUGUCACCAGUUUCGAUGUAGUAUAAGUCUCAUAUGUAGACUGUACAUUUGUUUCAGAUAUUUUUACCUGCUUCUCGUUGUUUUUUUUUUUUUUUUUAAAGGCUCCCAAAGCAUUGUGCAACAAUCGGGAAUAAGAAAAGGCCUUGCCCUCAGGUUUAGUAGCUAAAAUACAUGAUGUGAAAGGCAAAAGGAUUGGGAGGGAGGAGGAAAAAACUAAACUCAGCCACUGCUUCUAAUUACAGUGUUCUUAUUAGUGUUCUUUCCUGCAGGGAGGGCCAAAGCAUACUCCCUGCAGCUAGUCCUUCUCUUGCUGAUGGAUGGAGCUAGGUUGGUCUCCCCAUUUUUCACAUUGUUUUCCUGUUUUUUUCCUUUAUGUCUUUUGGCGUACAGACGCUAUAGAGCCUGAGAUGACCACACAUUAAAAUGUCAUCAUGAUAUCAUGAUCAAAAAUGAGCUAAAUCCUCUUUGGAUUGUAGUAAUUUGGGGCAGUGUAUAAAGACCACAAUUGUAUUAAUGGCUUCAGCCAGAAAAGAGAGAACCUUAACAGAAAAUAAGAGGACUUUCCAAGAAAGCUUGAGCAAGAGUUUUUACUGUCUUUAAUCUUCAAGGAAUGGGAAGGACCUCCAGAUGCUGCUAAAACUACAACUCCCAUCAUGUCUGAUCUUUUUGAAAAGAAGGGCCAUAGCAAAGUAAUAGAGUAUCUGCUUUGUAGAUUCAAUCUCCAGCAUCUUCAGGUAGAACUGGGAGAGAUAUCCCUGCCUGAAAUCCCGGAGAGCUUCUGCCAGUCAGUGUAGACAGUACUGAGCCAGAUGGCCCAACGGUUUGACUCCUAGGUUCUGUGCCCCAUUGGCCAGAGUCCACCAGCAGAAGGCAACGCCUCUCCAGCUCCUUGAAUGUACACACAAAUAGGUUCCCCCUGCAUUGCUGGGCCACUGUGUCCUUAACUUGUGAUGGUGGCUGAUUAGAAUAGGGAGCAUAAUGUUUGUUACCAUCCAUUUGCACAAGAAUGCUGCUUAGGCUUUAUCACACAUUUGUUGUAGCAACUCAUUAAUGUUCAAAGGACAGCUGGAGGCAGGUUGAGGAAGUAGCCUGGCGAAGCCACCUGAACCCUUUGUUUUGUUGUUCCCUCAUGCUAGUUAGGAAUGUGGUUUGGGUAGUUGGGCUAUGUUUGUUGUGUGGCCUUUAGUUAAAGAGGAUGAGGCAUGCUGAAUUAAAAAAGAAACUCUUGAGGCUGUCCAGAUUUAAAAUCAACUUCCUUCCUUCCUUCCUUCCUUCCUUCCUUCCUUCCUUCCUUCCUUCCUUCCUCAGUGUUUCAUACCUUUAAUUUCAAAAUUCUGCCUUGCUCAUCAUUGGGUGAUCUAUUUUCCCCAUCUACUUUUUUUGUAUGUGUGGUAGUGGUUUAUCUAUCACUUUUUAUGUGAUAGGAUUGGACAUCCUUUGUGGGGUUGUUGUUUUUUAAUGCACAGGACUGGAUUGACAGGAAAAUGUGUUAACUUAAUCACCUGUUGGUUCUUGCUUUGGAGGACUUUAGUUUUUUUUAAUUCAGAAAACCACAAGUCUUCUGGCCAUACCAACAACGUCCUCCUGGGCAGAAUGUGCAGACAUCACUAAUCCACCCAGAUGGUAUCACCACUUCAAGCAAGUGUUCUUGUCUGUAAAUCACAGUUUCCCAGCAGUUGGAUUGCUAAUUGUAGUUGAUGGGAGGAAAGCCUCAGCUAUUCUUGCUUCAGCAAACAUGACACCUGUUAAUUCUUUUCUUUUCAUGGGUUUCAGGAGUGUUGUGGUGGUUGUUUUUGUACCAGUCAAAUAGUAUCCAUGGCAGGUUCACCGAGUCCACACUGUCUGUUGGACAAUACUGACAUCUUAGGAUCUGUGAAGUCCAUAGGCUUUCUGUGCAGAGAAAGCUGUUUUGAAAGGAGAAUUAUCAGCAAGUUGCCUGCAGAGUUUUGGAAUUUGAUCUCAUAUGAUACCUCUCUUUGAAUGGGCUUAAAAGACACACCCACAUUUAUACUGUCGGUUUUAAUUGUGCGUUUUUUGAGUACACUGGUUUUAAUAGGACCAUGUGAUGCUGGGAAUUCCUUUUCGUAGCUUGCACUGGUUUUAGUUAUAUUCUGCACUUGAAAUUGUUAUGGUAUGGUGUUGUUCUUUAUGGGGUUUAAAAAUCGUAUUGUGAUGAAAAACUCCUUUGUAAAACUCAUGUUUGAGUUUUAAACAAAAAAUCAGUAAAAACUGUUGCCACCAGCUUCCGACAUCUUUGCUUACUGCUAACUCUUUUACCAAAAACAGGUACAGUGGUGCCUCGCAAGACGAAAUUAAUUCGUUCCGCGAGUUUUUUCGUCUAGCGAAUUUUUCGUCUUGCGAAGCACGAAAUCCCAUAGGAAUGCAUUGAAAUUCAAUUAAUGCGUUCCUAUGGUCAAAAGUCCAAACAAAGCCAAAUUUGGUACAACAAGAGUUUAUUAAGUGCUCUUUAAAGUCACACAUACUGUAAAGAGCAUUUCAAAAAUUGAAGGAACAAUAAAUUAAGUUUCUAAACAUGACAGAAAAACAUUUAAAAAUCAACAAAGUGUACAGUACAUUUUCUAAGACUCUGGGGGACAACUCGAAGAAGGUUCCUCUUUCACUCUUUGCUUCUUGCUGAAGAACCCCGUCCUCAACUGUUCCCCCAGCCACCCACCACACAGAAAUUCAAAUCCAGAAUUUUUUUUAAAAAACAGCAGAGUGGCCCAAUGGUCACAGAAAAUCAUAAAAAUGCAGGAAAAAACCACACAAGCUUCCAGAUUCUUGCAAACCCCUCCUCAGCUGUUCCCCCAGCCACCCACCACACAGAAAUUCAAAUCCAGAUUUUUUUUUUAAAAAAAAAAAGCAGAGUGGCCCAAUGGUCACAGAAAAUCAUAAAAAUGCAGGAAAAAAACACACAAGCUUCCAGAUUCUUGCAAACCCCUCCCCAACACCAAGUCCUUGAAUUCCAAACACCCCAACCCAAAAUCCAAACCCCCCCCAAAAAGUUUAAAAGAAGUUUUGGAAAAGCUUCAAAAAUCACCAAAGUCUUCAAAAAAGGCUACCACACCGCGUUCUAUGAGUUGCUCCUCGAAGUCAAGUCACAACUGUAUUAACGGUGUUAAGAAAAAGGAAACAAACUUGCAAGACGUUUUCGUUUUUCGUCUUGCGAAGCAAGCCCAUAGGGAAAUUUGUCUUGCGAAGCAGCUCAAAAAACGGAAAACCCUUUUGUCUAGCAAGUUUUUUGUCUUGCGAGGCAUUCGUCUUGCGGAGCACCACUGUAUGGGCAAACUUUUGCCCCUCCAGAUGUUGCUGACCUGCAGCUUCCAUCAGCUCCAGCAAGCAUGGCCAAUAAUUAGAGGUAGUGGGAAUUGUAGUUCAGGAAAAUCUGGAGACCUCUCUGUGUACCCAAGGAAGCUGGUGGUCAGAAUCCCUGAGGAUUGUUAAUUAAAUGCUUGCAGAGUUCGUUUAGAUCAGAGGCAGCCCUGUAAAUCAUAAUGACUGUUUUGUUUACCUGCUCACCCAUGAGGGUGUUAAUAUGUUGAGACAUGAAAAAGCUAGUAAUUAACACAGCAAAAAAAGUGAGUCACUUUUAUGUAGGCUGGGGACUGCGGAGGUAAUUCAGUAGGAUGGAAAUCCACAAUGGUGCUUUGAGGCUGAGCAGGAACACGGGUGGUGCUGUGGGUUAAACCACAGAGCCUAGGACUUGCCGAUCAGAAGGUCUGCGGUUCGAAUCCCCGCGAUGGGGUGAGUUCCCGUUGCUCAGUCCCUGCUCCUGCCAACCUAGCAGUUUGAAAGCAUGUCAAAGUGCAAGUAGAUAAAUAGGUACCGCUCCGGCGGGAAGGUAAAUGGCGUUUCCGUGCACUGCUCUGGUUCGCCAGAAGCGGCUUAGUCAUGCUGGCCACCUGACCCGGAAGCUGUACGCCGGCUUCCUCGGCCAAUAAAGUGAGAUGAGCGCCGCAACCCCAGAGUCGGUCACGACUGGACCAAAUGGUCAGGGGUCCCUUUACCUUUAGGAACGCAGCAGAAGGCAUAUCUGUGCCAUUGUUGAUGGAUCAGUCUUCUAGGAUAAUUUCAUACCUUCCUUACUGAAAGGCUUGGUUUAUGCUUGGGACUGUGUAGACUCCCCAUUAUUUUACCUAUCCAUCUUCAGAGCAGAGAUGGGGAACAGGGAUGCAGGGAUCUUGUGCCCAACCUGGGGCUCAAACCCACAACCCUAAGUAAGAGUCACAACUCCUAUAAUUUAUGACUUUUAGCCAUGCCGACUGCAGCUGAUGGGAACUGGAGAGCAAGAACACUGUUCUCCCAGCCCUGAUGUAGAGAAAGGUCAGGUGCAUCCAGCAGUGUUCACAGCAGUUUGUGCAACUGUGUGCAUUCUCACAAUUCUGAAGUUGCACACCAUUCCACUACCCCAAGAUCUCUAUCGCAAAGGCAAAACGACUCUAAGGGACUUAUAAAUGAAGAGGAUCUCUGUUACGGUACAUGUGGAUACAGAAGGGGCUUCUGAGAAUGGGACGAGGUAGCCCUGAUGGUUCUUGAAGUGACACACAAUUUUGGGGUUGCCUGUCCCUGAAAACAUUGCCAAGCUCCAAUAGGUUGAGGGCAUUGACUAACAGGGUCACUCGGUUGGACCUGGUGAAUUAUUCUGGUGUGAUCCAGUGUACCAUUUUUUUAAAAAAUUGUGCCUGUGUUGACUUUCUAAUCCCUAGGUUUAUUAGGAAGCCCACAAGAAUACCACACUUAUUGUUUGGGUCAUAAUGCUGUUACCUCAGAAGGCAGAUAUUUUCCGCUCUCCCCAGCUCUCUCUCUCUUAGGAAGAAAAACAACUUAUUGUCAUUGCACGUUUUAUUGUUCAUGUCUCCCUUUGAAGGCAUUAAAUAUUUUUUGUUAACAUGUUUUAACAUGUUUAUAUUAAAUCUAGAUUUCUUUUUAAACCAAAGGGGGGAAAAUACUUUUAAAACACAUAAAAUCUAAAUCUAAUUAAUAGUAAAAAACAAAAAACAAAAUCCACCAUAAAACAAAUUUCUAUCCACCUCUGUCACUGGUGGAUACAUUUCAUUAGCCACUAUGCUAAAUAGAUAUGUGUUAGAUUCUGAAGAACCCCUGGGUGAUAAUUGGUUGGUUUUAGAAGGUGGCAUUUUUGGUAUCCUUUUGCCAGAAUCAAGUGGAUUUAUUCAUGGGCCAUUGUUAAAUUUGGGGGCACUUGUAGGAUCUGUGGUCCAUGGAUUUUCACUCCACCAGAUUUUUGAAAAAUAUAUUAGGAGUUGAUACCGUGGAGCUAUGUAGAAGCUUCCGUUCUGCGAAGUUGAACAUCACCUUUGCUUUGUGUUAAGAAACCAAAAUAUUAGCAUUGCUUUUUGAAAUUGCAAUUUCAUAGAUCGUCCACAAGAUGGCACAUUAAUAUAACUAAUUGAGACAGCCAAAGUCUGAACCUGCACUCAGAAUGUUUCAAAGGAGAAUGUGUGUUUAAUUCCUAAACUUUAGAUGAUGCAUAAAAAAUAGAUUCACAUACCAGUUGGCAAUUAUAUGAAUUUGCUCUCCUGUUUUUAUGUCUAGCGAUGUGUAGUUGAAUCAAAAGCACUUCUAAAUCUUAACUCCUCCGCAAUCAAGUUAAGCCCCCAUUUCUUUGCAAAUUCACCACUUGAAUAGUUAUAGUUCAUUUAAUUGUCCUCCUGGGCAAUUUGCUGCUCACUGUUUUCAGGGAGGGCGGACCGUCCUGCUUGGCCCCAUUUUUCUAUUUUCCUCUGCCCCUCAUGCUUCUUAUCUUUCCCUCCUUCUGCUAAGACCAGCCUCUCAGUCUUGACUCUGGGAGGCAGCAUGAGAAAAGAGAGGUGCCUUCAUGUUUUCUGACCAAGGAUCAGGGAGAGGAGAAAAUGAGAUGUGUCAACAUCCUUCCAUUCAACAAAGAACAUGUCUGGUUUCCUGGGUCUUUAGAAAUAACUUCUGAGCUGUUUUGGCACAAGGAAAGUUUUCUUGUUCCUGGGAUUUAGAAAUGUAGUUUCCCCUGUUUAAUCUUAUUGAGGUAUCUCCUGCAGAUAGUACCCCAAGACUCUCUAUGGUAUAAGAGAACAUGUUGUUAGGCCAAUACCGUGAACUCUGUUCUUUGCGCUAACAUCAACGCACAAGGCUGCAAAACAGGCAGUUGCAUCUGCAGUUGGUCUGCAGUUAAGACUUCAGUCUCAGGUGGGAAGUGAAAGGAUUCAAACAGGAAAGAGAAAGAGAAAUUGUAUAAGCACAGUCUCCAACAACAGGAAAGUUACAUUGGCAUUGGACCUUUGUGGCCCAAUUUAUUAUGAUGGAUAGAUGGGUGUAUAAGCAUUUUCGUUUAAAAAAUAGCAAUGCCUUUGCACCCACUUGUUAACAGUAGGGAGAGAGAUUAUUUUGGGUAUGGAGGUGUUUUGUUUUGCUGCUUUGGACAGAGCUGCAUUUUCCAUACCACCCGAUGCCAGUGUUCGUUUUAGUGGGAGCAGACCAUUUGUGAGUUUGUACACUGCUUUUUUCCUUCUUUCCCUCCCGUUGUGAAUCCCCUGCUUUACAAAAUCCCCUGCUUUAGAAAAAGUAGCAGCAUGUAAACAUUGUUCAAGUCCUCUUUUAUUGUUCCUUUUAGCUUCUCUUUUCUGUUCAGUUAAGGAUCCAAUGGACUCUGUAAUUCGCUCUUUAUAUUUUUGAUUUCCUAUAUAGGAGUCUUGUAAUAUAUAGAAUGGUCACGCCUUUCCAUUUUGGUGCAAAUGUUCAGGUUUUAGUGGCCCAGUUCGUGUUUAACUUCCAUGUGUAAUUUAGUGUGAAUGCGCAAAUGGGCAUAUUCUCAGAGAGGAGAUUGCGUCUGCCUUUUUCCUCUGGUUCCGCUGCCACCAUGCUAUUUUUUGAGGCCGUUAAUAGGACAAACCUUAACUGCAGCUUAGGUUCAGAUAUAAGGCUAAGUGAAACCAUGACUUGGCUUACUGUAUCAUCACAGUAGCAAGAGAAAAAUCAGACACAAUCUUGAUGCAUGCCGGGACAAAAUAAAUAAAUCUUAAUUUCACAUCUACUCUCAUGGGAUCUGAACUGGUGGUGACUGACCAGGAAUGAGACCUUGGGGUUAUAGUGGAUAGCUUGAUGCAGAUGUUGACUCAGUGUUCAGCAGCUGCAAAAAAGGAGGCAAAUUCCAUGCUAGGGAUGGAAAUUCCAUUAGAAAAGGAACUGAAAAUAAAACUGCCAAUAUAAUGCCAUUAUAGGGUGUGUCUGCAUUUGGAAUACUGUGUACUGGCCACCUCACUUCAAAAAGAAUAUGGUGAAGUUGGAAAAAGUUCAGAAUAGGGCAACCAAAAUGACCAAGGAGAUGGAGCCUCUCUCCCCUGUGGUUUGCUUAGUGUUACAUGUGAACUGAUCGUUGUGCGAUUGCUGCUUUCUGUCUAUUUCUUGAUUGGUUUCUCUUUGGUUAAGCUGUUAAUUAGUCAUGCACGGUGAGCUCAAGUUGAGAAAUUAAUGGAAUAGCUUUUAGAGCAGUCAAAUUAAUGUUUUAUGCAAUCGUACUGUGAUGAUUAGACUAGAGAAAAUCUUAUUUUUUAUUUCAGGCAGAGGUCUAUUAAAUAUUCAGGUACUGUUAAUUAAAUCUGAGAUGUUGUAGAACUAUUAUUCUGUUUUCAAGUAACAUGUUGGAUGUGUUCUGCAGCUGUGUGAAAUUGAAAAGUGACAAAUUAAAUAUCUCUGUGUCUCAUAAAAUAUAUUAAAACUAUCCUCUAGCAACUUUACUGUUGCUCGGUGUAGAGGCUGCCGUACUAAUGAGAUAUAUAAUUGUAUGUGUAGGUGCACGGCCACAUAAUGAUAGUGUUGGGAGCUGUCGAAAUCGGCCCUCCAUUUUCUGCUGGAAGAUUAGCAGAAUAUCCCACUGUUUCAUUUUGCCUUAAUAGAGCAGGUCUGUUUUUCUUAGGACAACAGAGAGCAGCAAAUGUAGGGCCCCGCUUUCCCCCCUUUUCUAUUCAUCAUCAUCAUCAUCAAACCUUUAUUGGCAUCACAUACAAACAUUCAGAAUAAAUAGGCCAGUGCGAUCUCGUCGCCAUUUCAACAGUACAGUCAUUUGCCAAAGGGAAGAAGAGGCGAGCAAUCUAUUUCAUCUCUGUGGGUCUCCAGCAAGGGCAGGAUCCUGUAGCAUACUUCGGUGACAAAAAAAAUCAAAUAGAGGAACUUAGCUACUGUCUUGGUGAGCUCCUGGUCUUUCCCCUGUAAUAAGAAGCGUAUAACCUCUGUCUCUGGUUUCCAUGUUGGAAUACAUAGAAGGUCUAGAAAUUGUUGGCGGAGAUCAUCAUACAUUUUACAUUUAAGGGCCGUGUGAGCUAGAGUUUCCACCAGAUGGGCAUCGCAUGGGCAGAUCCUGUCUCCUUCUGCCAUACCCGCAAACCUACCCCAAAGGAGGUUAGAAGGAUUAGAAUUGAACCUAGCCAGUGAAAAAGCCCUUCUUUCUUGCGGGUUAAACAAAAAUUGUAAAUAAUUGAGGUUAAAUUCCUGCGCCCAAGAGAGUCAAAAAUAAAGAGGGGAACAUGUUUUUCCCGCAGCUGAGAUUAGUUCCUGGCGAUCUAUGUCCCACAGCCUAGUUUUUAACCAUGGCCUUGGCGAUUGGGAAAGCUGCGGCGCCCAGGAGAUCCUCUGAAAGCCCGAGUUGCCGUAUCUUUGUGCAAAACGGUUGUAGCCCUGGGGAAGGGAAGGAGUCUGACAGAACUUUGCUAAGUAAAGUAUCUUUACUUAUUGUCAGGGGCUCAGGAGCAGAGGCACAGGAAAGGGAGGAAAUAGAGAGCGAGGGGGAGGAGUCCGAAGGAAAUGUUAGCGAUGACAGCGGUCCGAGGUCUCUGAGUCUUUCCAGCGAAUCGGAAGAUUCACAGAAAGGGGCUCCCUUGGUCAGAGCAAGGGGGUGCCGAGGGGACACCCCAGGAAGAAGGGGCCAGAGGGGACUCAGAGAGCAGCAGUUGGAAAUCAGGACCAGCGUCCACACCAGAGUGCAGUAGGGGGGGAGGAGUCCCAGGCAUCGGGAUCAGGCGGCGCACUGCCAGUGGGAGGACAUGAGUCAGGAUUGGCCACGCCUCCAUCGGGGAGCGAGGAAACGGUCGAGAGGAAGGUUGAAGGCUGGGCGCGCGCGCCAAGUUCAAAUGUACAGGAGGGCGGCGCAGUUGGCAGCCCGGAUAGGGAGCCAGGUCCCAAAGCCCGCCGAAAAGAGGGGGAGGAGUCAGGGGGUCAGCGUCAGAAGAAUCCAGGAAGGAAGGGACCCCGGGGGGUAGCAGGACCCAGAGGAGAAAGGAGAGACGUAAGAGGUGGAGUAAGGCUAGAAUCUUAAACUGGUGUACAGGGGCGGAGACUCAGAUGGAGCUUCGCCGAUCUAACCCCUAGACGUAGAGCUGGGGCGCUCCGGCUUGAAAAUGGAAACUGUACUUCAAUAAAGACUUUUGUACAUUACUGCCGGCUAGCGUUGGUCCUCUGUGAGCUGGGACCUGGAGCCAGCUCUGACAGUAAGCUCCAUCUCCUAAAGUUUUGCACCAAAAACCUCGUAACGUGAGUGGACGCAGCGAGGGAAGAAGAUUGGUGCUUCGCGAGCUCACAAAAGUCAGGCAAGAUGACUACAGAACAGCAACUAGCAGCCCUGCAAAAUGCAGUGACACAACUCAACGCGGAGGUACUCGCAUCCAGGAAAAGGGAAGAGGAAGCGGCUGCCGCCUGCAGGGAUCUCCAAGCCAGGUUGGAAGUGCUUGCUAAGCAGGGGCAACCGGGACCCAAAUCAGAGGGAUUGGGCUGGGGAAAGAGGAGGCAGCCUGGUAUCUCAUUUCGAUGGGAAUUUGCAGCAGUACCCUAACUUCCGAGCAGACGUGCUGUUUGCGCUGGAACUGCUGGAUAAAGACUUUAGAGAUGAGCAAGAGAAGGUGGGGUUUAUCUUGUCCCAUUUGCAUGGGGAAGCUAAAGCGUGGCUGCGCAAUCUGUGGAGAGAUAAGGAUCCGGCGCUCCAAAAUGCGGAUGCAUUCAUUAAAGCGAUGGAUUCGUGUUUUUAUCAAAUAUAGACAUUGAUAUCGCCAGAAAAAGACAUACAUGGGCUCAAACAAGGCAGAGCCAGUGUAAGGCAGUACCAUUCCCGCUUUUUGCAUUAGUCCAUGCGCUGGGAUGGGAGAAGGAUUCUGCCCCAGCCAGAGACCUUUUUGGGAAGGCUUGAAUGCAAAUGUGAAAGAUGAGAUUGCAAGGGGGGAGAGACCAAAGAGCACUCAGGAGGUUGUCCGGCGGGCGCUGCAAAUUGGGGUGCGUCUGGAAGAACGUCCAUGGAACAGAGAAGAAGGACGUUGGGGACGUACGCCAGUGAGGCACCUCCCCUCUUUCCCAAGGAUGCAGCGCGUGUGCAAUCCCCACCUCCGCAAGGAGGGAGAGCAACCGAUGGAGAUUGGAGCGCCAGGGCUCAGUCAGCAACCAGAGCCUUAACACCGGGAGCAGUCAAGCGAAGCCUCCUAGAGGGAACAGGAAGUGCUACAUCUGCGACAGUGCUCAGCACAUGGCGAAAGAGUGUCCCCAGAGGCUCCACAAGCACACUGCAGCCUCAGCAACAGUAACAGAAGCAACUCAGCAGAGAGAACCACAGCAGGGAAACGACAGAGUCUGGUUGGAGGAAGAGGCACUGGGGCCCAACCAGACAAGUCAAUGAAGCCGUCCCCAGAGAUUUUGCAGCCCACAGACCCCCUCCCGCCCAAACCAGUGGUGCAGCUCACAGCAUCGCUCCAACUACCCAAUGGACUCACUAUGGAAGUGCCGAUUACCAUUGACUCUGGUAGUAACGCAGACUUCAUAGGACUGGAUUUCCUUCAAGAGCACAACAUAGCACUCCUGCCAGCCACGCUGCCUCUGAAAGUUGUCACGGUGGAUGGCAGGGAAUUGCUGGGGGGGGUCUGUGGUGCAGCAAACGCCUCCGAUGGUGAUGCAAAUUGGGAAUCACCGAGAAGUCAUCAGCUUCAAUGUCACCCAACUGUCGGACACGCCUAUAGUAUUAGGCAUGAGUUGGCUGCACAGGCACAGCCCAGCAUUGGCGUGGUACCAGCGACAACUGACCUUCGGCUCCUCAUACUGUGCGGAACAUUGCAUUCUGCCUAGCCCGGAAGGGGAAGAGGAUGACCCGCAGCUACAAUUAGGCACGCUGCAAGCAGUGCCACUCAAAUACGCAGCGUUUUUGGAGGUUUUCUGCGAGAAGGAAGCGGACAAGCUACCUCCCCACAGGUCUUAUGACUGCAAGAUUGACCUCCUGCCAGGGCGGCGCUGCCAACCGGGAAACUGUAUUCCAUGUCUGAAGACGAGCUGCAGGAACUCAGGGAGUUCAUAGACCUCAACUUGAAGCGCGGUUUCAUCCAGGAGUCGAAGGCAGUGGGGGCAGUCCUGUAUUCUUUGUGAAGAAGAAGGACACGCCCCAAAAAGGCUUGUGGUGGACUAUAGAAUUUUGAACUCGAAAACCAAGCCCACAGCCUUUCCCAUGCCCAAGAUAGAUGACCUGCUCGCAACGGUGAGGAAAGGACGCGUUUUCACAAAGUUGGAUCUGCGAGGGCGUACAACCUGAUUCGCAUACGGGAGGGCGACGAAUGGAAGACUGCCAUGUUCACGCCCCUGGGCACCUAUGAAUACAGAGUUAUGCCCUUUGGAUUACAAAAUGGCUCCCACUGUUUUCAAGCCUUCAUGCAUCACGUAUUGGCGGGUCUCCUCUACAAGAAAUGCGUCUGCUUUCUGGACGACAUCCUGAUAUUUUCAGAAUCAGAGGAGACCCACGAGGGAGACGUCAAGGAAGUUCUGCAGAGACUGCAGGAGCACAGGCUGUACGCCAAGCUGGAGAAGUGCCAGUUCGACAUGAAGGAGGUAGAUUUCCUGGGCUACAAGUUGUCGGACAAGGGGCUCGCCAUGGACAGCGCCAAGGUUCGCUCAGUGUUGGACUGGAAGAGCCCGCGCAAUCGGAAGGAGGUCCAGCGGUUUGUCGGUUUCGCCAACUUUUACCGCAAGUUCAUCAAGGGGUUCGCGAUGCAGACGGCGGCCAUUACCGACACGCUCAGCUCCAAGAAGAAGAAGUUCAUCUGGACGGAGCAAGCGGAGCAGUCCUUUCAGAAACUCAAGCGUCUCUUCUCGUCCGAAGAGCAGCUACUGCAUGUGAAUCCCAGCAGACCGAUGAGGGUUGAAACGGACGCCUCAGACAGAGCCGUGGGAGCAGUACUGUUGCAGCAAGACCCGCAUGGGGACUGGAGACCGUGUGCCUUCUACUCCAGGAAGCUCAGCAAGUCAGAGCAGAACUACACCAUCUGGGACAGGGAGUUGCUGGCCAUUCAUGCAGCAUUCAAGGCGUGGCGGCACUUCCUCAUUGGAGCCAAACACACAGUGCAGGUCCGCACGGACCAUAAAAACCUGGAGUACUGGCGCACGGCAAGGUUCCUGAACCAGAGGCACAUACGAUGGGCGGAGUUCUUUGCGGAUUUCGACUUCAGGAUAGAGUACAUCCCAGGCGACAACAACAUCAUGGCGGAUGCACUGUCCAGAAAGCCGCAAUACCUCGAGGAGGCGGCACCAGCAGCGGCCAAGCACAUCUUCGCACCGAAGCGUGGGCGUGCGCUUCAGCAACCGUGGACCUGGAUGCUGUACGUCGAGCACUGCAGGAGGACCCCUUCGCGCAAGCAAAGAUGGCAGAGGUGCAAAGGGGCACGGCGGAGGACGACGAGUUCCAGAUACGCGACGGAUUGCUCAUCCGCAGAGGGGCCCUCUACGUACCGGGAGACGACCUCCGCGCGAAAGUACUGCAGCAGUUGCACGACGCACCCACCGCCGGGCACUUUGGCAAAGAGAAGACGGUAGAAUUAGUAGCCAGAGAUUUUGGUGGCCCAAGAUGCGGGGGAAGUCGCGGAUUACGUCUCGAGGUGCGACACCUGCCAAAGGGCCAAGUCAGUGCACAAACCGCCGGCGGGACUGCUCGAACCGCUGCAGACACCGCUCGAACCGUGGGAGAGGGUGGCCCUGGACUUUGUCACGGAUCUACCCAGCUCGAGGGGCAAGACGGCAGUGCUAGUGGUGGUGGACAUGUUCACCAAAAUGGCCCACUUCAUUCCGUGCGCGAAGGUGGCCACGGCGGAACAGACCGCCAAACUGUUCAUAGACCACGUGUUCAGGGUUCACGGUCUGCCACGGUCUAUCCUGUCCGACCGGGGCGACAGUUCAUCUCGAACUUCUGGCAGAAGCUGAUGGGUUUCCUGAACGUCAAGAUCAACCUAGCGUCGGCGAGACACCCGCAGACGAACGGACAAGCGGAGCGAGUCAACGCCAUCAUGCAGCAGUACCUGCGAUGCUACGCAAAUCAGCAGCCGGCAACAUGGGUGGACUACCUGCCGCUCGCUGAGUUCGCCUACAACAACACGAAGCACGUGUCCACGGGGGUGACACCGUUCUUCGCCAACAACGGGAGGCAUCCCAGAACCUUCCCGGGAUUAGCGAGAGCGGGGAGGGGAGCCACAGGCAGCGGAAGCCUUAGCAUCAGAGUUGCAGGAGGUUCACGAACAGCUUCGGAGGCAGUUAGAACUAGCAAAGCACGCAUACAAACUGCAGGCUGACAAGCACAGAAGGGUUGGGGAAGACAUACAGGUGGGAGACUGGGUUUGGUUAGCAGCCCAGGCAGUGCCGGCCAGAUCGUUAGCGAAGAAGAAGCUAGGGCAUAAGCAGCUAGGACCCUACCAAGUCGAGGCACAGGUCAAUCCAGUGGCCUUCCGGUUGACACUGCCGGAGGGAUCCAGAAUGCACCCAGUUUUCCAUAGAUCAGUGCUCACGCCCUACAAAGCACCUCAUAGAUUUCAGGAGCCAGGAACGGCACCAGACCCGUUCAGGGAAACGCCCACAAGGGGGGGGGUCGCCAAGGCGGGAACCCGUCAACGAAGUCACAGAGAUUUUAGACUCCAGAUGGGGGGAAGAGGGAGUAGAAUAUCUUCUCGCCAGAGAAGGUACCCCGGCCAGCGCCAACAGUUGGGUGCCAGAUUAUGCUCUGGAGGAAUCUUGGCUUAAGGACGAGUUUCAUGCCCUUUUCCCACACAGGCCCAUGCCAGCCGAGUAUUUCGACGACUGGCUUUUCACACCCACAUUUUCAGCUAGCACAUUCCAGGGGUUCACCUCGGACGAGGAACCGGCACUAGAAACACGUUCCCCGGAGGGAUCACCCUCGGGGUCUGCCUCAGACCGUUCCUAUUGGUGGGACAAUCAACCAGAGGAGCAGUGGCGCAGGAAGUGGUUGGGGGGUCCUUGGCAGGCAACGUCCCCGGAGGAGACCGGGGAGAGACGGACAUGGACGUGUUGGGGAGGACCUUGGGUUCGAGCACGGCGGCAAAGAGAUGGAAGCAGAGGAAAUUGAGGUCGGCGAGAGCACGGAGGACGAGCCGGACUUAUCCGGCUGGAUGCACGCCACGGGGGACGAACUGUAUCCGGCACUCACCCCCACAACGACGGAGCACCCAGUACCCACACCUGAAGGAGGGGAGGGGGAAGGGGGGCUUCGAGGGGGAUGGAUGUCAGGGGUUCAGGAGCAGAGGCACAGGAAAGGGAGGAAAUAGAGAGCGAGGGGAGGAGUCCGAAGGAAAUGUUAGCGAUGACAGCGGUCCGAGGUCUCUGAGUCUUUCCAGCGAAUCGGAAGAUUCACAGAAAGGGGCUCCCUUGGUCAGAGCAAGGGGGUGCCGAGGGGACACCCCAGGAAGAAGGGGCCAGAGGGGACUCAGAGAGCAGCAGUUGGAAAUCAGGACCAGCGUCCACACCAGAGUGCAGUAGGGGGGAGGAGUCCCAGGCAUCGGGAUCAGGCGGCGCACUGCCAGUGGGAGGACAUGAGUCAGGAUUGGCCACGCCUCCAUCGGGGAGCGAGGAAACGGUCGAGAGGAAGGUUGAAGGCUGGGCGCGCGCGCAAAGUUCAAAUGUACAGGAGGGCGGCGCAGUUGGCAGCCCGGAUAGGGAGCCAGGUCCCAAAGCCCGCCGAAAAGAGGGGAGGAGUCAGGGGGUCAGCGUCAGAAGAAUCCAGGAAGGAAGGGACCCCGGGGGGUAGCAGGACCCAGAGGAGAAAGGAGAGACGUAAGAGGUGGAGUAAGGCUAGAAUCUUAAACUGGUGUACAGAGGGCGGAGACUCAGAUGGAGCUUCGCCGAUCUAACCCCUAGACGUAGAGCUGGGGCGCUCCGGCUUGAAAAUGGAAACUGUACUUCAAUAAAGACUUUUGUACAUUACUGCCGGCUAGCGUUGGUCCUCUGUGAGCUGGGACCUGGAGCCAGCUCUGACACUUAUCUUUACAAAUGUUUAGCCAGCGUAAAAGAAAACUCGUCCAGGCAACUGUCUCUAGCUUAUGUUGGCCUCCCUCUAAACACAGGGCUGCGUAAGGUACGCAGCGUGGGACAGCGAAAAUCUUUUUUUCCUUUGCUAUUAGAAGGGGGGCAAGAUUGGUUUGGGACAACCUGUGGCUUAGGUGGUCGAUGGUGCCACCUCAAGUUUCACUUGUUUGGUCUGGCAACCAUUUAGAGAGUGUGUGAGAGACAUUUGUCCCGUGCCCUGGUGAAGUGGGGACACGUUGCUUCUGGGUCUGCCUCUGAGGAACCUCAACUGUCAGUGCUUGAACUUUGGAAGGCCUGAAGGGAAACCCGGUUUCCUCCAUUGGCAGUGACAGAUUUGCUCACAAACUAAGCAAGCUACAUUUUAGGGCCUCAGAUUGUGAGGCACCUCUUAAUGCAGAACAGUUAACUUUCAGGUUUUGCAUAAUUGGUUAAAAAUGAUAGAAUGAUACGUGCUGUGUGUGUGUGUGUGUGUGUAAUGCUAUGAGGCCUAAACUUGAUAUGCUUUAGGGUUGUGACAUGUCUUAAUCUGGUCGUAAUUUGCCAGUAGGUGUAGUGAAGGUUUACAGAAUAACAUUCUGCAUUGUGAGAGAAAGGUAGUGACAUUUCGCCAAGACAAAGUGUCGAAAAGUGUUUCUUUAUUCAAAACAUAAGAAAAUACAGUUCCUAUUUGCUGCAUACCUAAUCCUCUGUCCUAGUUUGUAUUGUGAAUAUCCUUUGGAAGGCUAAAUUGCGUUGGCGGUACAUCACUGUCCAAUGUAUAACACUUUAUUUGAACCUAUUGUGUGUUUAAGGAGGAACUUAGAGAGCUCCGGGAACAACCAACUGAUCCUCAAGCUCAGCAAGAAUUAAUUAACAGCAUUGAAGAAGUCUAUUUUUCCAGUGAUUCCUUUGACAUUGUUAAGUAUGAGUUGGAGGUAAGAGAAUUAUUUAGAUUAGAAUGACAAAGAUUUCUGAUGUACACACACAUGCUGGGCUUCAUAGUACCGAAUCUGCUUUUGUUUUUUGUUUUAACGUUCAAAAUAAAUUUAUCUGUCCUUUUGUUGUUUUGGUAGAACGCCUCCAAAGCCCACUAACACCCAUGGUGGUGAUUCUGGGUGUGUGUUGUCCCAGUGCUCAUUGGGCUUUUUAAAUAAUUCUCCAAUUGUGUGAUGUUUAUAUCAGGGGAUUUAACUGGAUUUUAUUUAUGCUUUACCUGCAGAAGCUGCCUCCUGUUCUUAGUCUUCAAGAACUGGAAGAAUACAGAGACAAACUAAAGCAACAGCAAGCUGCUGUGAGUCGGAACUGCUUUCUCUCCCCUCCUCUCCAAUCCCUUCAAUGAGAUCUACAUAAACUUCUCUUUUUUUUGUUGGAACUGAAAAAAUAGAUAUGGCUUUAACACAACCUCUGAAAACAAUGCCACAUAUUUCGGUGCAGACCUGCAAAUUUAAAUUGAGGCAAGGGCCACUGUCUACCACUUUUCUAUCCGAGUUUAGCUGCUGUCUGGUCCUUAGCUUGUGCUCCAAUCCUUUCUCUCUUUCCUCCUUCUUCAGAUACUCUUAUGUGUCCCUCCUUGCUUCAAGGGCAGCCUCUAGUGGCCUUGUGCUUUGGGAAUUUCGUGGGGGAGAGCUAUCGGUCUAUAUCAUAGCAUGGGGCCGCCUUCUUCAACCUGGUGUCUUCCAGAGGUUCUUCAACUCCAACUCCCAUAAUUCCAGACCAUUGGCCAUGUUGAACGGGAGUUUGGAAGUUGAAGAAUAUAUGGUGCACACCAGGUUGAGAAAUGUUGGCGUAGGCCUGGCAUGCAGAAGGUUCCAUAGUCAAUCCCUAGCAUGCCCAGUUGAAAGAGAGCUCAGAUAACUGUUGCCUGUGGUAUAAGGGCUAGUAAUCUUGCUUGAUAUAAGACAGCUUUGUGUGUUUUUAUGUUGAAGCAAAAUCUAAAAAUCAGGGUAGGAGAAGGCAGACUCUGAUUGUGUUGCACUUUGUUUCUAUGGGGUUGGAUCCAGACUUCUCAAUGGUAGUGGUCCACGUAUGGGACACUCCUGUUGGAGAAAUGGUGGCAGGGUAAUGUGACUUUUGCUGAUUUCCCAUCCCACUUUCCAUGCCCCCUAAAAAUCUGUUCUGGAAAGACGGGGGUCCCUUCAUCUGGCACGCGGGGGCAACAGGAGAAAGGAGGAAUCAGGAAUUUGCCUCCACGCCACCUUUCCUCCAUUGCGAACCUCCUUUGGCUCUCCCUUCCACAAAGGGCAGCAAUCCUAUCGUUCACAGAAGGGCAAUCUCUGGAUCCAACUUCUGGUGUAGUAUGAACAAUUGUUUUUCACAUGGUUCCUUAACUGGUCGGGGUGGGGAACCUUUUGGAUGUUGCUAAACUACACAUCCCAUCAGCCCCAGCAAGCAUGACCAAUGAUGUGGGAUGAUGAGGUUUGUAGUUCAUCAACAUCUGGAGGGUCAAUCCGAACUAGCCAGUUCGGAUUAGCUAGUUAUUCUGCAUCUCUUACAGGUUUGCGCUUGGCUUGCUUGGGUGGACUAGUUUAUGUUAUUUAAGGCAUCCAUUGAAUUGUGCAAGCAUGGGACACACACAGACACACACACACACACACACACACACACACAGGGGAAGAGAGAUUCCAGUUCUCUUGAGGAUGCAUAUUAUAAUCUGGAUGGUAUGGGCAAAUUUGCAGAUGUUAAUGCUUUUUAAGGCAAAGAAUCCAGUGUCGUGACUUGUGUGUCUCUUCUAGUACCACAGAUGAUGGCUUAACUACGCUUAUUUUGUUCCUUGCUGGCUGAGUACCAGGUGCACUCACAUUGCAUUUACUGGAACUCAGAAGUAGUGGAAAGAGGAAAAAAAACAUACAGUGCAUUAAAAGAAAAGUAAUAAAUUAACAUUGGUACACAAAUAGUCAUUGCUGCAUUCCGUAAAUUGCUUUUAGGAUGGCAUCUCUGCCACAAAUGUGGAUUUAUUUAAAUCUCUUUUAUAGAUGAAUCAUAUAUGAUUAUGCAUUAAUGACAAGGUAAAAUGACUAUAUUAAGCUUCAUUGUUGUAUGUCUCUCAAUUUUUAUUCAAGAGUAUCUUUCAAUUUGAAAUGGGGUGGGAGGUUAAUUUAGAUUCCGCUACUGGUUUGCAACGAGAGCCUGUAAGUUCUCAUGUAUUUGCUUCAUAUAUGGCCAUCAUUUUUGGAGUGUUUAUCAUUUUUUACAUGCGAAUAUUUUAAUGUAGAUAUAAUCUAAUGUUGUGGAGGACUUACUGAAAUUUUUUGAAGAGGUUCUAAGUGCUUUCUGUCAACCUGUUCUUUUAAUAUAGUACCCUGCUUAUAUCUGCUGCUUCGUAAUUUGAAUGUUUUCUUUAAGGUAUCUAAAAAAGUUGCAGACUUGAUACUUGAAAAACAACCUUCAUAUGUCAAGGUAAAUUAAUGAAAUCCACUGUGUGCUUGUUUAUUAUUUUUAAGUAAGUGAGGAGAGUGCUACUGCUCUCAGGACCUGGCUGUGGUCUUCCUGUAGGCAUAUGGCUGCCACUAUGAGACCAGGAUGCUGCCCUGUGCUGGGCUAUUGGCCUGAUCCAGCAGCCCUAUUUUCUUAUUUUCCUGUCUCAUGAACUUAAUAUAUUAUUUAUGGUUUCUGAAAAAGCAAAUGCUGAAUUUUGUCAUUUAGAGAUUUCCAGUGUGACCAAAAAAAUAAAAAUAAAAAUGGAUCCCAAACUGUGCAGUUUGAAAUGUGAUUUUAUUUUCAGAAUGGCAAGUCUAUAAAUUGUAGAGCUUAACUCCACGGAGGUCAUAAUCUUUCAAAGCUUCAAUGUGAGCCAAAUGCUUUAUGUGUCUGCAGAAUUGUACUGUGAGUCAUCUUGGUGCAUACAUGGACCUAAACCAAGACAUUAUACCAAUACACAGCUCUUUACUUACUAUGAUGUUCAAUUUUUAUUUUAACUUUUUUUUUUUAAAAAAAGAAUGGACUGAAUGUAAAUUAAGAGUACAUUUUGUAGGAGGGCGUCUCCUUUUAAGCCAAUUGCUUUGUAUCCUUGGAGAAAUAAAUUGCUGCUUUUGUCUUUCUGCAGGAGCUUGAACGAGUUACAUCCUUACAGACUAGCCUCCAAUUAGCUGCUGUUAUUUGCACAAAUGGAAGACGGUAUAGUGCACCCUUUUACUGAUGCUUGAUUUGCUUUACAAAAUGAAAAAAGGAUCAUUUUAAAGUAGUUUUCUAGCUGCCUUUACUUUUGCUGCUACUUUCCUUUAGCUAUAUAUUUCAGGUUUAAACAAAAAUAGGCAAUUUAAAACUUCACCUCUUGCGAAUGUCUUUAUUGGCUACAUUUAUUAGCUACAAGCUAGUAAACAUUUUUGCAGGCUAGUAACUUCUGUGUGCUUACUUACAAGGCUGACAUUGUGCCAGAUCAAAGUUAAUCGCCCUUAACCCUGUUUUGGUGUGAUGUCUGAAUCAAGAGUUUGCCUCAGUUUGGAUCCACUCCAAUCUGGGUUCAGACCUAGGUAUUGAACGGAAACAGCCUUUGUUACCCUGAUGGGUGAUAUACCAGAGAAUGCAUGGGAGGGAAUGUUAGUGUUCUCCUGGACAUCUCAGUAGCUUUUGAUACCACUGUAUGCUUCUGGGGUGGGUUUAGGGGGGCACUGUUUUAUGGCGACUCUUCCUUCAUAAAUAGUUAUUCUCAAAGGACAGUGGUAGGUGACGUUUCCUCCACAUGUGGCCAUUGGACUGCCUUUGGAGACUUUUUGAAAAUAGUGUUUAAAGCUGGUUCAGAACAUGGUUGCCAUCACCCUGAUGGGACGGAGACAUUCAGAUUCUGUAACACACUUACUGGACCAGCUGCAGGUGCCUAUCAGAACCCAAUUUUAAGGUUUUGAUUUGGGCUCAAGCUAUUUUGUUGACCAUUAGCACCAUACUAGUUGCCCACACAUUGUGAUCAAAAACAGAUACUCUCCUCAUAUGUCCACCUCCUAGAUCAGUGAGAUUAGUGGCCACAAGGCAGGGGAUCUUUUGUGGUAGCUCUGUUGCUUCAGAUCUCUCAGCCAAUUGAUCUGUUCUGGUUUCCCAUGCUUCAAGCCUUUCAGAAAGCCCUAAAGCAGGCUUCCUCAAACUUGGCCCUCCAGACGUUUUUGGCCUACAACUCCCAUGAUCCCUAGCUAGCAGGACAAGUGGUCAGGGAUGAUGGGAAUUUUAGUCUCAAAACAUCUGGAGGGCCGAGUUUGAGGAAACCUGCCCUAAAGACAUACCUUUUCUGAGUAGCUGAUUCAUUAUUGAGGUUUUACAGUCUGUAUUGUGGUUUGUCAUUGGUAUGAAAAGUGUGUUAAUUGGCUGGCUGAGGGUUUUUAUUGGGUAUUCUUUGUGUGGGGAGUGAUUUGAUGAUAUGUUGCAAGCCUCCUUGGAUGGGCAGUGAGUGGAAAGGUGGCCUGGAAUUAGUAUAAAUAAAGCAAUAUUUUGCAAAUAUUGUUUGAAGGGUGUGUGAAGAGAUUCCUUUGCCUUUGGAGCAGAUGUGUGCGUGCAUAUGUGUGUGUUUUAUAAUUUCUCUGCAUUGUUUAUUAGUACUGGUCUUUGCUUUAGAACACAGACUUAGCAUAGCAUUGCUCAUUUUUAUACACAAGCCUUAUUGUAUUCCAUGAGAGUUACUCUUUCAUUAUGAAAAAAUAUAUAUUAUUUGACUUCUGCAGACAUCUGAGCACAGCAAAAGAGGGUUUUACUCAAGCCAGCUUGGGCCUCCUUGCCAAUCAACGAAAACGCCAGUUGCUGAUGGGGCUGCUAAAAUCUCUGAGAACGAUAAAAACCCUGGUAUGAGCAGAGUUUCAUGUUUUUAACUAUAGAAAUCAUUUCUCUAGUGUUCUGUGCAGUGACCUCUUCCUCCUUUUAAUUUCCAGCAACAAACUGAUGUCCGCUUAAGUGAAAUGUUGGAGGUAAGAAUAUAACCGGACUAUAAUUUAAUUGUAAUUGAAGGGAACAUCUUUUUGUUCACAUGCAUUCUAACUGUAUUAGGGGCUGCCAUCUUGGCCCAUCUGUGGGCUAUAACUCCCUUUGAAGAGCGAGGCCAGGCCUUGGCUGCUCUUGUAUGCUCCUGUGUUGCAUCAGCUGUGUUAAUUGUUAUGCCUACUUUUAAGAAGAACCAAUCACAGAUUAGGCUUACGUGGGAGAGAGGUGAAAUUGUUACUAUUUUAUAAAUGUUUGGCAGCCUCCUGGGUUGUGGACUUACCCCUCCUGUGUCUGAAGGUCAAUAGUUUGUGCUUUGGUAACCACCCACAGCAAGCCAUAGAACUGUAUAGUUGGAAGGGACCCCGAGGGUCAUCUAGUCCAACCCCUGUAGUGCAGGAUAGAAUCACAGAAUCAUAAUGGGAAGGGACCUUGAGGGUCAUCUAGUCCAACCCCUGCAGUGCAGGAUAGAAUCACAGAAUCAUAAUGGGAAGGGACCUUGAGGGUCAUCUGGUCCAACCCCCUGCAGUGCAGGGACCUUUUUGUCCGAAAUGGGGCUUGAACCCAUGACCUUCGAGAUUAAGAGCCUCAUGCUCUACCAAAUGAGCUAUCCUGUUGGCUUGCAAAGACUGGAAACAUCAAGCACAGCUAUCUUGAGCAGAUCAGAGAGCCUUCUCUCAGGAAAUGCAGUGAUUGCAGGUUUUUUUCUUUAAUAAACUCAAUGUCAGUGUUGUUGAGUUCUUAUUCUACGUCUUAUUUCCCACAGGAGGAGGAUUACCCUGGGGCUAUCCAGCUCUGCCUGGAAUGCCAGAAAGCAGCUAGCACUUUCAAACACUACAGUUGCAUCAGGUAACGCAACAGGCGUCUUCCAGAGUUGAUUUUUGUCCUUCAGGCACACAGGGACAAUGACGGAGCGUGCGAUUCUUUAGGGAACGCCUCACAAAUUAUAAUUUACUGGGCCCCAGCACUGGAGAUUAAUUUUCCAUCUUGAAAAAACAAGUUUUGGUGUAUGUGUGUGUGGUGUUUGUUUUUAAAAGGCCUGUAAAGUGCAAUUAACUUUCUGUAUAAUUUCCUGACUUGCUGCACAUAGUGGCUGCUCAUAAUGAAAGCGCCACAUGGCUGAACGGUUUUGCAAGGUAGCACUUUCUUUUUAACAUGAACUGAUUGCCACUGAAGGCUAAAAAGUGGUACUGUAUAUUGUGUUCAUUUUGGUAUCUGUGUACAGCUGCAAUCCCAAACGCAUAUAAUCUGAAUGCAGUUGGAUUUGCAUCUGAGGCUGCAUACACACUGUAAAUUUAAAACACAUUUAAAGCAAUGGAUUCAGUGCAGGAUCCAGAUUUAGUACUGAUCUGGGCCCACAGAUUGUGUGUGUGUGUGUCUGUGUGUGUGUGUCUGUGUCUGUGCAUAUGUGUGUACCAGCCCUAGAAUCUAACAAAUUACACUAUCUCUUUCCAAGUCUUAGUACUUUUUGGUUUCUAAGAAUCCCCGGGCUUUCCAGUAGAAAGUUGCUCAUCUGUUGGCUGUGCAUAUGGCCACCUCUUAAUCUAUCAUAAUUAAAUUUUGCAUGAUGAUUCCUAAGAUAAGGGAGCAGGGAAGUGCUGGGAGGUGGCAGUGCUUAGAAGUGCUGUUUCCCAGCUUCCUAGGUGUUCUGAUUGCUGGUGCUGGAUAGAAUGUUUUUGGAGCCACCACAAAACGUUAGGGCUCAGCGUUGGUAUGAGAGAGCUGCAAAUGUUCAUCCAAGUGACAAGAGGUGGGCAUAGUCUGGGCAACAAUUGUGCGGCUGUGCCAAAUGCUUCUUGCAUAUUUACAAAUAAAAAUUCUUAGCCGAUUGCCUUGGCACACCAUUAAUCUUUUGUACCUCUGUGUACAUGUGUCUGUGUGUUUAACAAUGGUUAUUCAAUGGUAUUCAAUUAAUGCACAGCAGCCUUAUUAAUCUUGCAGACAUUCAAAUGCGUAAAACUAUACAUCAUUGAUGGGUUUGCUAGUGACAUUUGUAUAUUGAUGCUGCUUAAUUAUUGAACAGGUGUUCAGUUUCAUUGCAUUGUACUUCAGGUUAGCAGGAGAAAUGAAAAAUAUUGGCAGAGUCAAAAGUACAAGUCAGUCCACUGAGAAAAGCCCCAGUUUAGCUAAUUAAGUGGAGAAGAGAGGCCAGAAUCCUGCCCCUUCCAGUUGCUUGUCUGGCCCAACUGCCAAUCAGGCUAUAGGACUCCUUUUGCAGUGUCUGGUUGCUGAUGGAAAGGGGGGGAAAGGCCCUUAAGCUCUGGCCUUCUCUCAUCCAUCUAUAUUUUAUAUUUAUUUCUUAUGGAGCAAUCUAAACUUCUCCCUCCCAGUCUACUGGGGCUUUACAGAGCUACAGCACUUCCACACAGGUGGGGUGAAGGAAGCAGAUCACAGUGCUGUGAUCAGGCCUGAAUUGGGCUUGAUGCCAUCACAGAACCCAAUGAAUCUUGGGCCACCUCAGUCCCACCCCAUGAAAGCCCUGUUUGGGAGAUUUCUGCUGGAAGAGUAUCACGUUGACAGCACUUUCGGCCAUCCAUUAGACAGGAGAAGGGGGAGCUCCACGCUAGCAGAGUGAUGCUGCUGUUAUUUUGCAGGUAGUAGCAGAUGGAUGCCUCUGCCCGGCCCAAUCCUGCUCUGCUGGCUACAUUUUUCAAUAGAUUUUCUAUUGCAAAAAUGAGAAAAGCAGAAUAUAAGAAUAAAUAAAAAAAAUGAAAUCAGUUAAGUUAAACAAUAUUAUUAUAAAUAUGUUGUCUCGGUCAUGUCUCUCAAAGUGUGUUGUGAUUUAUUUAUUCUUUAAGUAAAUACUGAAAUUAGAUAUAUCAAUAAUUCUUGAUUGUACUUUUUGCUGCUUUUUCCGUGCUGGCAUGAUGUUGCUCCCUUUUGUUUCAUGCCAGAUUAAGGCAGGCAAGGAUACAAACAGGGCCCUCUUAAUAUGCCUUAAUUAAUUGGCUGAAUAAAAUGAAUGCCAUGAAUUAACGUGUUGGCACAGUUAAUUGCGUCUUUGAAAAAUCAAAUUGUUAUGCCCACAGAUUGUUAUAUUUCAUUUUGUCACGUGUUAUGGAUUUGAGCUGUGCGCCGUGGAAUUCUGUCAAUUUGCUCUUGAUAUGAACAAAGCGAAUUUGAGGUAUAUCACUCCCCUUCGCUAUAAUACACGAUGCACCAAAGAAACAAUUUGUGUGGAAAAUAAUCAGCUCUAGAUGGAAUGAAUUAUUCUCACAGGGUCUAUAUGUGAAAAGCCCGGUGUGGGAAAGAGUGGCAAGAACAAAAGGAGGCUUGUAAAAUAAGCCUUCUCUUCUUUUGUUCCUCCUCCUGACUAUAUUUUCCCCACUAUCAGAGAUGGAUCAAGUAUUUUUUUAAAAAAAUAAUUUUUGGAUUGUAUAUAUUUUGUAUCUGAAAUGGAUACUGCAUUCUGGUUGUACUAUGCCAGAAGCAGAGGAAAUGAAUGUGUCUCCCGUGGCUUUCACUAUGCCUGCACCCAGCAAAUACUCAGAUAUGUGUCCUGCAGUCCUCGUGUGAUGGCGAAGGGUACCUUUCCCUUAGUGGGGUGGGGGGUGCGCCAGCCAUAGUCACUGGCAGCAUGCAACAACACUGAUAGACUAUUUCUGGCAUGGUUUGUAUCCUGUAUGAAUUCAAGGCCCAACCCAGCCUUUCAGGAAGUUACAGGGCCGUAAAGGUAAAGGGACCCCUGACCAUUAGGUCCAGUCGCAGACGACUCUGGGGUUGCGGCUCUCAUCUCGCUUUACUGGCUGAGGGAGCCGGCGUACAGCUUCCGGGUCAUGUGGCCAGCAGGACUAAGCCACUUCUGGCGAACCAGAGCAGCGCACGGAAAUGCCGUUUUCCUUCCCGCCAGAGCGGUACCUAUUUAUCUACUUGCACUUUGACAUGCUUUCGAACUGCUAGGUUGGCAGGAGCAGGGACCGAGCAACGGGAGCUCACCCCAUCGCAGGGAUUCGAACCGUCGACCUUCUGAUCGGCAAGUCCUAGGCUCUGUGGUUUAACCCACAGUGCCACCUGCGUCCUUUUCAGGGCCAUAGUAGGGAAGAAAACCUACGUCUCAGAGCUCCAUCUGCUUACCUUUCAAAGGCGCCUCUCCUCCCUCUGGUGCGCCAACAUUGCUUGAAGGUUUUUGCAUUCCAGUACCAUUCCUCCCUGGAGCAUGAGAACGAAGACCUCCUCUAACAGUAGUGCCGCGCCAUAGGCAGAAGAAGUGCCUUUGUAAGGUAAAGCAUAUAAGACCACGGAAGACCAUCUAGCAGCAAAGUCUCAUCAGAGGGAAAAGAGGUGUAUGAUUUUGCCAGGGGCUGGUACCAGACAUGGUGCUGUGACACGUUAAGUGUGUCGGCUGCAGCGUGUAGAUGUGUCAUGCGAAUGCUCUCCAUGCUCCUCCUUGAGCUGGAAAGGGAUUAGUUUAACCUCUGGUUUGCUAGUAAAACUGAAUCACUGUGUCAUGAAAUGAUGCAAGUCUAAAAAGUGUGUCACCAACAUGAAAUGUUUGGAAAGCUCUGAGCUCGAGGAUAAGGCUCUCUUCUACCCUCCAGUGUUGGAGGCAUCAUACGUCUGAAUAUCAGUUGCUGGCAAUCACGAGUGAAGAGAGUGCUGUUGAACUCAGGUAUCAUAGGUGCCUGGUUAAUUGGCUGCUGUGAGAAUUGGAUGCUUGCCUAGAGGGGCCUUUGGCCUCAUCCAGCAAGGUUCUUCUUACUGUGCAGUAUUGAUAUAUGUAGCACAUUAUGGUGCUGCUUUAAGACGUUUCUUUGGGGGUGGGUUGUCUUGUAAAAUAUUGAAUGACCAUCCAGGAUUUCUCAUUGUACCUUUUCUCAUUAAUUCAUGCAUGUAACAAAUUAACCGAAAAGUGCAAUGUACAGAGCACAAGUAUUAAAAUUCAGCAUAAAAUUCAGCAUGCACGCUUUGAAAAGACAUCCAUACUUUGGUUGCUUUUGCUGUUUAAACCACCUAUAAAAUACACAGUGCUCAUUAACCGCGAGGCAUCAUUUCAGUGCAUGUGGCUUAGUUGUACUGCAAAAUUAAGCUAUUUUGCAAUGCCUUCCUUAGCGCAUCAUUGUGAUCAUGAAGCUUAAAGUGGGGGGGGGGGGAGAGAAAUAACUGGGUUUUAUAAUAAUACUGUAAUUAUUUCCUUUCCCUGAUUUAGUUUUGUCAUGCAAUGCAAGUCUAGAUGUGAGGAAAAUUGCAAUCUGGAAAAUCCAUCAGCUUUUGGUAGAUUUCUGUUCAGGGUCUGAGCAAAUGUCAAAAUUUUGUCACAGAAUGAAAGAUUCUAAGAUUCAGAGAUGAUUCUUGGGGGUUGCAUGGGACAUACAGUUAGUAGGCUUUUUCAUUUGAAACCGUUUCAUGUGUUUUAUAAUUGCAAUAGCUUUAUUUGUUUCUAAAGCUGCAUGUUUUAUUAUUGUAAGUAGUUCUGGGACCAUAAGGUGAAGGGUGGGUAAGAAAUCUUAUAUAAAAAUAAAUAAGCUGCUCACUUGAGCACGGACGCUUCUGUGUCUAAUGGCCUACAGAGAUGAUUUGAGGAUAAUAGAUCUCUUUUAGAGAUGUGGUUUUGGCGGGUGGCGGGGUGUGUGUCUCUUCAGUCAUCUUACAGCAUUGCUGGCAGAAACUCUAUUCUAUAAAAGAUCUGCCCAAUUGCACUGAUGUACCACAACAUUCAUCACAGCCCGAAACACUUGUAUAACUUGUUGGCUUAGUUCUAAAUGAUCUAAUGUUGGACUUCAUUGUUUCGCAGUGAAUUGAAUUCAAAACUACAGGACACUUUGGAGCAAAUUGAGGUGAGAAUGCAGUCUAUUGAUUUUUUUGACAGAGUGAAUACCUAAGGGGCACUUUAUCUGUUCAGAUGAUUAUAUUGCAUUUUGCUUUCUUAUGAUACAUGAAUGUCUCCAUAUAAAUCAUAUCUUUUCAAUCCGUAUAGCUAUUUCAUUUUACUGAAUAUUCAUGACUUGACAUUUUAGGAGCAGUUAGAUGUCGCGCUUUCCAAAAUCUGCAAGAACUUUGACAUCAGCCACUAUACCAAGGUGCAGCAGGCUUACAGACUACUUGGGAAAACGCAGGUGAGCAUUCCCUGUUUGCUGUUACGUCUUGCUUAUGAAGCAGGCUAGCUUGUCUUAACCAUGUGAGCUAUCUGCUUUGGUGGCGAAAAAUGCUUAUAAUGUAGAAACAACCAAAAUGGUCAAAUACAUUCUCUACAAACUCAGUACUAUCUAACAGAUUAUAGGCAGGUUGCUUCUGUCAAUAGACACUAGUGAUGGAAUACAUACAGACCCUGGGAAUAAAUAAAAUAAAAACACGACUGAAAGAAAAUCAGUUCUUAGUAAAUGAUUACUCCCUUAGUGCGCUCAUCCCUGGUUUGUUCAGCAGUUGAACCACCCAGGAUGGAUGCCUUGCACAUGCACAUAUCUUGCUGUUAAUUGUAGCUAGCAUUGCAUCCAGUGUUCCCUAGUUGGAAAUAUAAAUGUUUAUGGCCCAUGCUCACUAGUUCUCUGGCUGGCAGACAGAAUAUAUCUGGGCAAGAAUGCUCAGGGUGUCUUGUGUUGGCAACCAAGCCUGGCUGGCUUUUGCUCAGUGGCAGGUUUGCCAAUCACCUACUGCACAUUUAUUCUUUUCCUUCACUCCAUUUCUUGGGUCUGCUUUCCUUAAAGGACCUCUCCAUUUGUUGAACCCUGUUUUGGGGGGAAAUAUGAUAAUUGUGUGUUUGACUAGACCACAAGAGGAUUUACUGUUCUCUAGUGUCACAUUUGCAAUAAUCUUUUAUAGUCCAUUCAUUUCCUUAUCUACGGCUCAUCUGAUUUCCAGCUGCAUUAUUAAGCCUUGGGUGUUUUCUUUUGUAAGGCUUAUAGGCCCAUGCCUCUCACAUACAAACAGCCCACUAAAGGGUACUUUUCAAAAUUACACCCGCUCUGCCGCUUCCAGGUCCAGCGUUACUCCUUCUCUUUACAUUUUGUUUCAGCGGAGGCUGUGUGUUAUUUAUUUAUUUAUUAUUUCGUUGGUUCUUGGGCUAAGAGGAAGAGAAGAUUUAUAUCUCCGCUGAUCAAUAAUAAGAGCAAUUAAAAUUUGCAAUAAGCAAAAACAAACUCACAACUAAAAUUUUGCCCUGCAAAACAAACAGACUGCAAAGCAGAAACAGGUUAUAGCUCGGGUUAAAACCACACUAAGUCACAAUAACCCAAAACACUAUUAAAAUCCUGGCGGAAUAUAAAAGAUAUUCACUGAUUCCAAAAAGGUGGCAGGCCAGCCUCUCUGCAGAGGCUGUUUCAUAGUCUGGUGGUGCCACCACAAUAAAGGCCCUCCUCCUCUCCUUUGUAGCCUCACUUUGCUCGGUGGGGGACACCCAUGCCAGGACCUCUGUUAAUAAGAAUUAGGCAGACGUGGCGGGGGGGGGAGGUGAUCUUUCUUUUAAUCAGGUCCCAAACCAUUUAAAACUAGCAGUUUAAAUGGAUCUUGGGAGAUUACUGGGGGCCAGUGCAGCUGGUAAAGCGUUGCUCAGUCCUGGUUAAUAGUCUUGUGGCUCUGUUUCAAACCAACCACAGUUUCUGAGCCAUUUUUAAAGGCAAUCCUACAUACAAUACGAUGUAUGUAGCGUAUACAAUGCGAUAGCCUAAAAGUUACUAGAGUAUGGGCAAAUGUGUCUAAGUUAUCUCCAACCAAGUAUGGUCAUUGCUGGCUUAUCACCUGAAGCUGAAAAAGUCACUAAGUGCCACGGAAGCUACUUGACUGUCUGAAGGCUGUUGCCUAGAAUUACAGUCUGUGACUUAAGGAACAGGAACAUGGAACUGGCUUUCCAUUAUGCAUUAAUGACUCUCCCCAUCCUUUCUCUUCAGACAGCCAUGGACCAACUGCACAUGCACUUUACUCAAGCCAUUCACAACACUGUAUUCCAAGUUGUUCUCGGUUACGUAGAGCUGUGUGCGGGAAACACAGAUACCAAGUUUCAGAAGCUUCAGUACAAGGACCUGUGCAUGGUACGUAGUCGUAUAAAGGCUUGGGACAUUUUGUGUUUGCAUGUAUAGGCCACAUUUGAAGAAAAAAAAUGGCAAGGAAUUUCUAGCAACUGAUACUCAGAAGCAUAUUGUAUCUCACCAUGAAGGUAGAACAUAGUCAUCAGGAUUAGUAGCCAAUGGGAGCGUUUUAAAUGCUUCGUUGUAGUGGGGGAUUUGGUGGGGGUGGGGAUCAUGGCUGGAAGGGAAGAGUUAACCCUUCCUUUCCUGUGCACUGACCCACCCUGGAAAUGGCCCUACUGGACAGCAAUUAGUUGGGGGAAAAGUCAAUGGGAGCUUUUAAGCUUUUAAGAAAACCUAAUGGAUGAGUGAGGGAGGGACCCCCUGGGGGCAGUGGGUGGGGAGAUUUUAUCAAAUACUUUUUUUCUCUAGACUUGGGUAGCUCUGCUGCAUGAAUGCAUCUCAUCCAUUAAAAACUGUGUGAGAAGAAUAUUGUGGUGUGAAUUCACUCUUAGCAGCCUUUCCGUGAAAAGAAUGGUUUAUAUACCAAAUCAGCAUCCUAGCUUAUUUGGACACUUCAAAAUAAUUCUUUCUUUCACUGAAGUGUUUAAAACGUUGCAGCUCCUUAAUUUAUUUAGCUUUAUUGGCAGGACAGGAAGAACACUUCAAGUUUUUGAGUGCCAAAAACCAUGGCGUUUUUAAAUCAAUGGUGUAUUUAAAGCCCUGUUAAUUGUUAUGUACAAUCUCUUGGCAAAUUGGAAGUGUUCUUGAAUGCGUUUAGGCUCUUCUGCCUCUUAACCAAUACAAAAUUAACUAAUACUUUAAACUAAAUUAUUGGCAUGUGCACUUGCCCAUUUCGUUUGUUACUGAAAGUGAACAGUUUUUUGUUUUAUUUGCAGUCCAUGUGGCAUUCCACAGCUUGAAAGGGGAAAAGUGUGUGUGUGUGUUUAAAAAAAUCUAGGGGAUGGGGUGGUUUCCCUCAUUCUGUAUUAUUCUUUUCAUUGUGUGUGACAUCUUCUACUACUACUACUACUACUAAUAAUAAUAAUAUAAUAAUAGUAAUAAUAAUAAUAAUUUAUUUAUACCCUGCCCAUCUGAGUCUCCCCAGCCACUCUGGGCGGCUCCCAAUCAAAUGUUAAAAACAGUACAGCAUUUAAAAACAGUACAGCAUAUAUGCCAUAUUGUACAGAUGUUGUAUGUGUGUAUUUGUCAUAUUCCUUCUGCAUACAAAUUUUGCAUUUGACAAAACUUAGAAUGAAGAAAAACAUCACAGAUGUUGCUUGUAUGUUCCUUAGCACAUUACAUCAGACAGUUACAUUCCUUGCCUUGCUGACCUCUGCAAAGCCCUGUGGGAGGUCAUGCUCAGUUACUACCGAACCAUGGAGUGGCAUGAAAAAUAUGAUCAUGGUGAACCUCCUUCGUCUUCUGGUAGGAACUGGUUAUGCUAUCUGAAUGUAUUAUCUGAAUAAAAUAUGUAUUUUGAGUUAGUUUCAGAAUGUGAAAAAUGUAGUCGGGGCUGUAUGAACAAUAGGAUAAAAGCUCUUCCAAUAUCCAUCAGGGAAACAGUAAGAUUUGGAAUAAGGAACCUGUAUAAAAUGCUAUUUAUGAUUUAUUUCUUUUGUAAAUGAAAAUUGUUAGGCACAGUUGAUCUCUCUCUCUCUCAACCUACUAUUUCAGGAGCUUGAGGGAUUUUGCAGUUGUUACUUAAUCAAGCAUUAUAAUAGUGAAUAUCUAGCCUGUGUGAACGCUCUGAAACUGAAAUCCUAAACAAACGUUUUAGCGAGUAAUCCUCCUGGAGAAAAUGAGAAUUACAUCUGAACAGUGCUAUUUUUCUAGAAAAAGAGGUGCCGGAACUCACCACAAACACCUUCCUUGUUCUCUUAGAAUGGCAAUGGUUUCUACCUGAGAGGUGCCGGAACUGAGUUCCAGUGAGUUCCGGCUGAAAAUAAGCCCUGCUUCUGAGUAAGCACACAAAAGGAUUGUGCGGCACACCUUAUUAGAGCAUUAUUCUUAUUAUUACUACUUUUUAUGCCUUUGCUAUGGAGGAACCAUGUGCUGGGGGUGGUGGGACAUUGUGGGUGUGGUGCAUGUUGAGUGGGCCUGCUAUCAUCGCCUCACUGCCCAGAUCAGCCAGUCUUGGUUAAUGCUCUUCAUUUUAGGUCAGUGUGGCGGCAUUGUCUCUGCCACAUUAUGGGAUUUGGGGUGUGGGCUUGCUAUUAUUGUCGUGGAGUGUGAAGUGAGCCUAAAGGAUGUGAAAUUUUGUCUCACAUUAAAAUAAAGCGCGCGCGUGCACGCGCGCGCGCGCGCACACACACACACACACACACACAGCGAAUCCCCCUUCCUUGUCAGCUUACAUGUAAAACACAUACAUUAUUUUCCAGAUGGAAGCAAUGUCAUGGGUGCUGAGGAGACCAAUUUUGACCGCAGCUACGUGAAAAAGAAAUUGGAACAUGGACUUUCGCGAAUAUGGCAGGUUCGUUUUAAAUUGGCAAAAUGCUUUCCACCCCCAGCAAAUGCUCAUUUUUGAAAAACAUUAAUUGGACUUUUAGGAAAUAAUGUAAACCCCCCCCCCCCAUUAUCUCUGGUUGUUCAUAGUAUCAGAGAAAAAUAGGUUCGUUUCUGUCGCAUGCUUUCAUGUUCUUAAAAUUGAGUUUAAAGAGCAUGAAAUGAUGAAAACGUCAAUUUCUCUUGAAUGGACAGUACAUAGAACAUUCUUUGGGAAAGAAUGUUUCUCUUGUUGAUUCUUUUGUUGCACUCCAUUUCCCACUGCCUCCCUCUGGUUUUCUGUUUCCCCCACCCCAAACAGUACCUCUCCAAACCUUAGGAUUCCCCAAGCCUCAUGACACCUCCCCUCUUGUUCAUGGAUGUUUUGCCUUAUAAAAUGUAGUGGUAGCAAUGUGAUUGCAAAACCACUUAGAUGCAGACUAUGUUAUAUAUGGAGGCUGCAAGUUCUUCACAAAUUAGAGGUAACUUUGAAUAAACAACUUUAACCCACUCCUCAAGUGUUGGUUAUUUGAUUUGUUUAGAUCCAGGACUGAGUAUCCCUCGAAAGGUUUCAGCCAUUUAUCAUAGGUAGCAAAUACAUCAAAUGCUAUGAUGGCAUCUGCUUCAUCAUAGAGUUGGAAGAGAGCUCAAGGGCCAUCUUAACCAUGCUAUAUCCCCAGUAGGUGGGUGUCCAACCUUCUAAGGCAAUCUGCUCCACUGUUGAACAGUGCAUAGUGUCAAGAAGUUGUACCAAACAUUUAAUCUAAAUCCCUUUUCUUACCCUUUGAACCUGUGGGAUUUGGGCCUAUGCUCUGGAGCAGCAGAAACAAAUUUGCUCUGUCAUCUAUGUGACAACUCUUCAGAUCCUUGAAGAUGGCUAUCAUAUUGCCUCUUAACCAUAUCUUCCGUAGGCUAAACAUACCCAGUUUCAAUACGUUUGCUUUUCUGCAGGAUGUCCAGCUGAAAGUGAAGACCUAUUUGCUUGGCACAGACAUGUCUAACUUCAAAUACGAUGACUUCAUCUUUGUCCUGGAUAUUGUCAGCAGGUAUUUUCAGGGGCCAUUUGUUCUGAUAAAGAGACAAAGUGGAAGUUGACACAAUAAAGCUUUUUGUGUGUGCGUUGAAUUCUAAGAAUGUUUUUCAAAUAUUGUUUGGUUGCGGCAGCAGCAUAAGUCAUAGCAUGGCUGUUUCUUCACUUCUGUGCUAUUUAAAAUUGCUUCACUGAUUAACUGGACUGGUUUUUCCAACAUCUGAGUCAUUCUUGGUGUACUUUAAACCAGCCUAGUCCAAAAACCUCUGGCGGGCGCUAGGUUAGGAAAUGCUGAAAUAAACUUAUGUACAUUGCUUUACUUUGAGGAAACUGCAUCGGCUUUAUGUUCCAAAUAUUCUGAUUUAAAUCAGACCACUAUGUUUUAGGAGAAUCAAAUGCCUUAAUGUGCAUCGGCACAAUCUUAGUGUCUACUAGCAUUAGUUCUCAUCUGCACCAGACCAGUAGGAGUCUUAACUGCAUGCCUUUCUUUGAGGAUCCUUCACCAUUUUAUGUUUAAUCUGCUGAGAAAAUUGUGAAAGUUCCUUUACAGAAAUAAAGCUUCCAGAGUUGAAGGAAUGAGGGUUGGGGAAGUACGGUGAUAAAACAGGCUGAAGUGUUAGCUGUUGUUAGUAAUUAGAAUGCUGAACUAACUGAAUCACAGAAUUUAUUCUCCAGAGAACAGUAGCUGAAAUUGUAUGCCUUGCUUAAUUUAAGGUUGCCUUGAAAUGUUAAUUUUGAUAAGUAAUACGAAUGCCCUCCAAAGUGUGUAUCAUUCACCCUGAUAAGUGCUUCCAUUUUUCCUCCUUGGGAGUAAGAGUGAUGAUGAAUAAUCCAAUCCAUGUUUGGAGUGCAGAACUCCAGCGUUCUAGAUAUUUUCAAUUGCUUGUGUAGAAAUCUCCCUUGCCUUUGGUUUUCUGCUUUAUACAGACAGAUGGCCCACAGUAUGAAAAGAGGAUGCAGGCCGUUCUAUGUGGGCUUCUCUUUCAACAGUGCCUACCUGAAGCCCAACCUGUAGUUGAAAUGAAUAAUCUAAUUCUUGACUUGAAUGUAUAAUCAGAAAAUCCUCUUCUGUAGGCUGAUGCAGGUUGGUGAAGAGUUUUGUGGCAGCAAGUCGGAGGUUUUGCAAGAAUCCAUUAGAAAACAAAGUGUGAAUUAUUUCAAGAACUAUCACAGGUAAGAGCUACAAUAGUAGGCUAGUUGUUGUAGGAGGUCGACAUCCCUUUCAGGUUUUCAAGUCGUUAAGUGCAGACCAUAAAUGCAAAACAUUUUUAUGUUUGCAAAAUAAUGCUCUGUAUGAAAUGUUUAAAUUUUAUCAGUGUUUUUUCUCAAAACUUUAUUUUACAAGGUGCAUAGUACAGUAAGCCUGCAACUGAAGUGGGGGUUUGCAUUCCAUAAGGUAAAGGUAAAAGGUAAAGGGACCCCAUCGCGCCUAAAGCCAAGAUCAUGUAUAGUCAAAAUGCAUUGGGCUCAUUGGCAGGUCGGAUUGCCAAAGUCAUUUUUCUCAGAACUCCACCAUCUAUUGAUCUAUCUAUUUAUCUAUCUAUUUGCCACACACAUAAAGUUGAAUGCAAACAAGUUAAAUGUGUGCAAGUUACGGGCUUGCUGUAGUUUACUUCAAUGCAUUGGUGUUAUGGGGACAUAUUUUUAGUAACAUUUCCCAUAAAUUCCUGUCGCGUGCCUGGUUCCCAGCUACUGUUUUCACUACAUAGUAGCAAGGCUAGAUUUGCCACAGGGACAGAGGAAGAUGCCUUAUACCAGGGCAGGCUGUUUGACCACCUGUGCACCUGUGUUGUCUAAUCCAGCUGGCAGGAGCACCUCAGGGUCUCAGGUGGAGGUCUUCCAUGUCGCCUGCUCUUUGAUUCUUUUAACUCAGGCAUGGGGAACCUUUGGCCCUCCAGAUGUUGCUGAAUGGAAACAAUUCCCAUCAGCCCAAGCCACCAUGGCCAGUGGCCAGGAAUGAUGAGAAUGGUACUUCAGCAACUCCAGAGGGCCACAGGUUUCCUACACCUACAACUGGACUCAACUGGGGACUUUCUUCAUUUGAUCUGCGAUUUGAGCUAUUGUCUAUUGCAGGGAGAGCUAGCACUGUGCCCUCCAGGUGUCCGUGGACUCCUAGCUCACAUAAUCUCUUGACUGUUGCCCAUGUCGGCUGGGGCUGAUGGGAACUGAAGUCCAACAACAUCUGGAGGGCACCACAUUGUGUACCGUGGUCUACUUUAAACAUGUCACAGCUUAAAUCUCUAAAUGCUUGCUUCAGAGAAUAUUGCCUUGUAUUUUCAAACACAUAACAGAAAAUAUAGGGAGAAUAUUGUGACUGUUGAACAUACAGGGUUUGGCAAUUGCUGCCAAAAGGUAAUUUUAAAAUAUUUAUCAUUGUUUUUGCAUAGCCUAUUGAGGAAGAAACUUGAUCCAUUUCAGUGCUUUUACCUACUGGGUAAUAAUUUGGACUGAUGGUGAUUGUUGCGUACUGAUGUUGAAUGGGUGCUGUAGAGAUUUGAUUGGCGAAUGUUGUCUACAAAGCCCUUUGAAGACGUAGCAAUUUCCAUUGGACUGUAAAAAUAUUGUAUGUGUAUUAGAGCCUGAAUCACCUAAAGCUUUCAGGAGUUUUAGGCUUUUGACUUCAAGUGGAUAUGGCUCUUACUCCUCAUUGUGUGCUUUAAUUAAGAAGCGUUAGAUAUUUUUGUAGAUGCAUUAGUUCAUAAGAGCUACCCAGCUGGUAGCUCUUUAAAGAGCAUUGUCUUCCAUGUGUUCAUCUUGAUAUAUGUAGACAGGUGGGCUAUAGAUAGAGUGAUUCUAUCAAAAAGCUGUAAUAUAGAGUUGCCAUUAAGAACAUUAAUUUAUAUAACCUAUGACAUAGACUGAAUAAAAAUAGUAAACCAGUGAAUAAUAUAUGCAAGGAGUUCAUAGGCAUUGCUCUGCCUAGACCAACAGAUUGACUUCUGGAAAGACAGAGAGUGAGAAGCAGAAGAGCUGAAAAGCUCAUAAUGCUCUGAUUCAAAACACAGAAUUAGAAUAGGAACAAACUUCCUGGGAUUCAGAGUGAUGAAGAUUAUUAGAGCUGUUAUCUUGUUGGCCACCCAAACAAAGCCUCUUCUAGAUACCUGUUGAAUUGCACUUGUUGACUGAUGAACAGCUUCUAUAGUUCUUGAUAAAAAGACAUGUGUUAUGUCAUACCCUUUGAAAAUUAAGUUCCCCUUCCCCACCCUUUUUAGCCAAAUGAGAAGGAUAUCAAUUAGCUCAGAGCACAUUUCUCCUUGCAAUAUGCCAACAGUGGUGAACAUAUUAGCAAAGCUUAUGCUGUUUUAUUUAAGCAGUGUUUUUUAUCGAUUGUCUGGAAAGCACUGCCAAUUAAUUUUUCUUUUUAAGACUCAAGACUUUUGGUUUUUAAAGCUUUGAUCUUGUCUGAGAAUAUUUCAUUGCCGCCAAUUCCCGCCCCCCCCCAUUUUUCUUGAAUUCUUGGCAUGACUGUUUCGAUCUGAGGAAAAAGAACUUCUGGAAACUGAACAAAAUGUGCAUUUGUGCUUUUGCAUCAUACAAAGGAAAUAUAGAGAACUGUGGCUUUUAAUCUGGUUUUGUAAGAGACUGGCUAGGUUUGCAUGCUUUCUGGGUGACAACGUGCCUGAGUGGAACACGGGACUCCUGCAUUCCCCUCCCCUCCUUCUGUACAGGUGGAAGGAAGACUUCUACCAAGUUUAUUUUUGUUUUCAAAGAAUCUCAUGUUUAGCAUUGUGACACAUGAACUGUGGAUUGUGCUUUUACAGUAAGUAAUAGCUAGUUGCUAAGUGAGCCAGCUUCUAAUAAUAAUAAUAAUAAUAAUAAUAAUAAUAAAUUUUUAUUUAUAUCCCACCCUCCCCAGCCAAAGCCGGGCUCAGAGCGGCUAACAACAGUAAAAUAAUACAGCAUUCAAAAAUUAAUUCAUUAUAAAAUAAUGAGUUAUAGAGCUGACUUGUUUAACGAUUUCUUGUUGUAAAACCACAAUUCCCAAUUUGUGCAUAAUUCUAUGAUGAGAUUUUUUGAAAACAAAACUAAACUUGACAGGUUUAACAUUGCAGGUGAAAAUGACCAGUGAAUACAUAUAUCCACCUGUCAAGUUUUAAUCAACUGCAGUGUGCAUGUAACCUCUUGGCAGGACGAUACCUUUCUAAGUGGCAAGGAGAUCUUGAUUGCUGCCUGCUUCCAAGAUUUCAUCACUUAUCAGGAAGAUACAGAUAACCAACUUGCCAAGUGACUAGGUGUCAGUAUUGACCCCAAAGCUUGAGAACAGGGGCAGCAAACUGAGGACCGCGGGCCGGAUCAGGCCCAGUUGCCUUCAGGAUCUAGUCUGUGGACUGUCCAUGGAUUGGCAUGGGGAAUCUGUUCAUUCGCGCUGCGCCAUUUCCCCCCAUGUGCCAUUCCAUCCCCCCUCCAUACUGCGGCGGUGCUUCUUCCUGGCCUGCCUAGAGGAGGAAGGGGGCUGGGCUGAGCUGGCUGAGUGUUACGCUGAGGUCUGUCUGUUUUUGCUAUUUACAGUGGUGCCUCGCAAGACGAAAAGAAUCCGUUCUGGGAGUCUCUUCGUCUAGCGGUUUUUUCGUCUUGCGAAGCAAGCCCAUUGACGGAUUAGCGGAUUAGCGCUAUUAGCGGCUUUUAGCGGCUUUUAGCGGCUUUUAGCGGCUUUUAGCAGCUUAUCAGCUUAUCGGAUAAGCAGAUAAGCGGCUUAGCGACUUAGAAAAAGAGGGGAAAAGGGAAAAAAAACCCCAGGAACUCGCAAGACAUUUUCGUCUUGCGAAGCAAACCCAUAGCAGAUUCGUUUUGCGAGGCACCUCCAAAACGGAAAACUCUUUCGUCUAGCGAGUUUUCCGUCUUGCGAGGCAUUCGUCUUGCGGGGCACCACUGUAUUUUGCGUUUUUGUUUUUGCGGCUCUUUUUGUUUUGUUUUCGUGACUGUGUGGAAACCAGUUGAGAUACUGAUUGAUUGAUUGAUUGAUUGUGUGACUGCAGUACAUUGUUUAUUGCUUUCAUUUUAUGGAUCAAUGGUCUCAUUUGAUAAUAAAAUUCAUGUUAAAUUGCUAUUUUAGGGUUGUUUUUUUAAAGUCUGGUACGGAUUAGUCCGUUUUGCAUUACUUUCUAUGGGAAAGCUUGCCUUGGUUUUGGAAUGCUUUUGGUUUUGGAACAGGCUUCCGGAACGGAUUAAGUUUGAGAACCAAGGUACCACUGUACUAAAUUUUCCCGGUUCUAACCAUUGGUACACAAUUUGCAUAUUUUUAUUGCAGAGGAUCUACUACUCUGUUUGUCACCACCCAGGGAGGGCUUGUUUAGGUAUUUCCUUUUUUUGUUGUUGCUUAAGCUUCAUGGAAACAUGGAUAGGAAACAGUUUAUCUCACCCCUCAGUCCUUUCCUUCUCAUUUGGCUCCUAUGUGGCUGCAAGAGAUCCAUUUUGGAGAACCAUGUAGUAGAGACGUGAUUAGCUCAUCAACGGAGGAUCAUUAAAGAAUAGCAGAAUUUGAUUUAAUGGAACUGCAGCUAGGUUGUUAAUUUCUCAAUAUAGUUGAUUUGUUACACCCUUUGCCUUUGCUGACACUAAACUUUGUUUUAGAACCCGCCUCGAAGAACUGCGAAUGUUCUUGGAGAACGAGACGUGGGAGCUUUGUCCUGUGAAAUCAAGCUUCAGCAUAUUACAGCUUCAUGUAAGUCCUAGCCAUGUUAAAAAGCAGGAAUGGGACGAAUACUUAACAUAAAUGGUUAAGGCUACUUUGGCCAAGACUAUUGAAGGAUUUGCUGCUAUCUUGACUUUCGCUGUACAUUUGCUGUGACUGUGUUGUGCUAGGGAAACAAAACACAGCGUGGUGAUACCUUAAAGCACCGUAUGCAUUUUGUAUUCAGAAUAGGAAGGACCAAAUUUUAAAAGAAGUUCUUGGAUGUGCAAGGUGUUUUUCACUUGCCAAUAAGCUCUUUUGCACCUUGUGCUGUAAAUCCAAAUGCGAUGGUUUGCUUUCGCUACAGAUUUUAUGCAUUGUCUUGCACAAAUGGAAGCAUGACAGCUGUUGUGGAGCCUGCCUGUUAACAGCAGUGUGUGAACUUAGGGCAAGGUAUAUAUGUGGGAGUGGUCUUUUUGUUAACUGGAUUCAGCCCUUCUGCUGCCUUUGGACAUCAUUCCAAGCAAUUGUUUUGUUUGAUAAGAACAAGCUGCAGUGAACCUUGCACGUAUUCCUCCUUUAGUGUGACUGUCAGGACUGGAAGUUAUCACUUCUGAUGGAAGCUUAGCACACUUCAGCAUGUUAUAUAAACUUAAACUAUGUGUAAUGUUAGCUAUGGUUUUUUUAAACAAGCAAGCUUCAUAGCCAGUGUUUUGAAUUUGGCUUGUUUAAGAUGAACCACAGUUAAAGUGAACCAUAGUUUGUCAAGUCUGGAUGAUGGGACAAGCUGUGAUCAAACUGGAAGCAAAAGCUUCCAAACUUGCAGUUGCAGGGGAGCAAUAUAGGGAACAUGAAGGUAACAGUGGCUCGUUCUUGUUAUGCUAAACAAUGGUUUUGCAUGAUGUCCAAAUAGAGUCUUGAAUCAGCAUUUGUGCAUCCCAUUCUAUUUCCAGCAUUUAAGAUAGUGAUAAAACCAGAUGCUGUGAUAGAAAGAAAACUUGUUAAAAUUCACUAUUAGCAGCCAUUUAUAUUGAUUGAUUUUUAAGCAGCUGUAAAUGCAGAGGCAUUGUAAUUCUCAUAAUUUGCUUUUUAAAAAGUCUGCCGUAACGUAAUUCGUCACGAUGCUUCACUAAUGAACUUAAUAUGUGUUUUGAAAGUCUUUCAUUUCCAAGCUGCAGGGGGUGUUUUGCCUGAAGUAAUUGGGCAAGUGUGUUAGAAUUAGACAAGCAUCAAAUUAAUGGUUACAUUUGCAGUCUUUAAAAAUAAAAUGAAAUGAAAGAAGGAAAGCCAUGUUAGCUGAAAGGCAAACACCACAGUGCUUGUCAAGAAACCGCUCCUUUAUUAUGUGGAUCAAUAUUUAAACUGCAUGACAGAGCCUAUAUAUCACCUGUUUUGUGUUAAUAGGAAUUUAAGUUCAUGGCACAGUCCCGUUCCCCUUCUGUGUCGCCAAGCAAGCAGCCUGCUUCAGAAAUAGAAAGAACCAUAACUCUGUUUGAGCAGUACUGUAAUGGAGGGAAUCCCUUUGAAAUCCAAGCCAACAACAGAGAUGACGAGACUGAGGAUGUGCUGGCUUCCAAUGGGGUAAGGGAACGCUCUGAUGAGCUCUUAGUAUUAUGUGAGACAUGGUAUUUCUAACCAGUUAAUUUACAAAAUGGAGGUUGCAAAGUAAUAAUCCUUCAAACAGGGAAUUCCCUGUCAACAUGCCUGGUGUUACUGUCGAAAUCUUGAUUCAGGACAGCUCAGUUGAUAGAGCACGAGAAUCUCAAAUGUAAGGAUUGUGAGUUCGAGCCCCACAUUGGGCAAAAAGAUUCCUGCAUAUCAGAGGGUCGGACUGGGUGACCCUUGUGGUCCCUUCCAACUUUACAAGUUUAUGGUUCCAUGUUGGGAAUCAUAGCAUCCUGGUUACUUAACACAAAUGCUCCUAGACGCACCUGCCCACCUGUAAGAACCCAGUUAGAACCUUGGUCUAUGAGGGAGAUUGGGGUGACAAAAUAGCAGAGCAGUGGCCUCUCAGGACUAUUGGGGGGGUGCUAUCUUCCAGGACAGACUGGAUUCACUCUGUAAUGCAAACUCCAGGUCGGGAGUGGGUCAUUACUAAAUCUGUUGAAACUUGCAUUCAGUUGAUUAGAUAAUUUACUUGUGCUUUGGUUGACCUAGACGCUCUGUAUAAAAUUAAAAACACAUUUCUCCUCCUCUGUGGUACACAGGAUUUGUAUACCUGUUCACCGGUGAACACUUCGUGCCCCCGAUGAAGUGAGCUCUGAUUCAUGAAAGCUUAUGUCACAGUGACUUUGUUAGGCUUUAGGGCUGCAUAAGACUCUCUGUUGUUAUUGCUGCUACAGACUAAAAAACUGGCCUGUCUGGAAUCCUGCCUGGUUUACAUAUGCAUCUUGUCUAAAGCAGCCGAUAGCUGAAGGGCAAAUGAGCCUCUGCCACACAAAUCCCAUGUUGUUGUUUAGUCGUGUCCGACUCUUCGUGACCCCAUGGACCAGAGCACGCCAGGCACUCCUGUCUUCCACUGCCUCCCGCAGUUUGGUCAAACUCAUGCUGGUAGCUUCGAGAACACUGUCCAACCAUCUCGUCUGUCGUCCCCUUCUCCUUGUGCCCACAAUCUUUCCCAACAUCAGGGUCUUUUCCAGGGAGUCUUCUCUUCUCAUGAGGUGGCCGAAGUAUUGGAGCCUCAGCUUCAGCAAAUCCCAUAGUGGUGGUUUAAUUUUUUUCUUGUACAGUUCCUAAUGAAAUUAAUGUUCAGAUUCAUGGUCACUGUCAAGGAUUGGCCUUUCUGUUGCUACAAUGCGAGUCGCGUUGUGUUUUCCUAUAAGUAACUGAUUGGUCCUCCUAUCAUCACGGAACUGACACAUUCUCAGAUCGCUAGGGGGCGCAAUGAUCACAUAUACCAGCAACCGGCUAUGACUUUCUGUAAGUUGUAGUAUAUAUUUUCUGCAACCUUGUUUUGGAUUGCCCAUGGUAAUACUGAGUUCUAUUUAUUAUGGAGGCUGACAUAUGUAGUUCUGCAAGGCUUGCUGUUUCACCUUGUUUUGGUUAGUACUUGCUGUGGUGCAUCCCCACUCUCCAGGAUCUGGAUAAUUAGUGAAUUAUCAGGCUGUCAUGAAAAUGAAUUUGUACAGGGCUCUUUCUUUCUUUCUGUUUUGUGUUCUCUGUGACACUUGGGAUACAGAACAUUCUGUGAGGAAGGAACUAGAACGCUGAAGAAAAGGAGUUAUAUGCAUGUUUCCUCAAAUUUGGUUGGGCAGUUGUUAGAUCUGCAGACAUUAAAAAAUGAGUUUUAUUAAUCUGACAUGUGGCUUUAAUUUCUUGGGCAGCACUUAGCAAAUAUUUUAAAUUAUGGUGGUUUGCAAUUUAUUAUCAUUUUGCAGCCUCUUAUAUUCGGAUCAAAUGUUUAGUUGCAUUGUUUCUCUUACUUAACUGAAAGCUGCUGUUGGUAGUGGUUCAGUGUUCAGCAUUUUUCUUUCAAACAAUUUAUCACAAUUAUUCUUGUUUUGCUUAGAUUUCUCGUCUGUCCCACCCUGUGGCUCAUUCAAUGCAGUGGGCCCGCCACUUACGUGAGGGGUCAGUUCCAGGGGCCCACCUGUAAAGUCAAAAUCGCGCAAAGUCAGGAACCCCUACCCCCAUGAGGCAGAAGGCUGCUUACCGGGGUCUAGGGAGGUCGUGAGAGGGACCCAUGAUAUUCCAUGGGUUUUCCCGUGACCUUCCCAGACUGCGGUAAGUGAGGAGGCACCUUUCUUACCGGCCUCUAGGACGCUCUCAGAGCCCUCACACCCCCUCCCUAGAGUCCGGUAAGGAAGGCACCGCCAGGCUUGCGGGGCUUAGGGAAGAUGGCGGGAGGGCUCUGGAAUGCAGUCAGAGCCCUCCUCUAUUCCCAAAGCCUGUAAGAAGAACCCACUGGGACCCAGUAUGUGUGUGGGGUGGGUGUGUGGGGAGCAGAGAACAGUAGGUUUUCCCAGCUCUCCAUUUAGUUAUUUAAUCCCCCACAAUUGUAAGGUUACAAUUGUGUAAAUAAAAUGAGUGCAAGUUUCAGGCUGUCUGUCUGUCUAUCUAUCUAUCUAGAACUGAAUCUGACUAGUCCAGAUAUUAUUUGCUGUGUAAAAAACCUAUAGUACUGUAGUUGUCUUAUUUGAAGAAGAAGUUGUUUUUGUCUGGUGAGCAAGGUAUCUGCCAUUCACUAGGGGAAGAAUGACAGGAACAGUAUCUUAACUUCAGACAACAUUGCUCCGUGUACGGAAUUAAAGUCUAAGGACCACUGAGGCGUUUUAUGUGCCUUCUGAGUUACUGCACAGGAGCUGAAAGCGCUUAUGGUUUAUUUUGAUAGUAUGAAUCGGAUGAGCAGGAAAAGAGUGCCUAUCAAGAGUAUGACAGCGAUAGCGACGUUCCUGAAGAACUGAAGAGAGACUAUGUUGAUGAACAGACUGGAGAUGCCCCGGUAAAAAGGUACCUUGAACACACAUUUCAUAACUUAUUUUUUCUGACAUGCUUAAGCAUAAACAUAUAUACUGUCAACUCAUCCUUAGUGGGACUUCAAAAGGGCCCCCCCCCCGCAUAUCUUAAGGUAACUCUUUCUACAUCCAUUUGUCUAGCGAGGCACACUCCCUACCUGCUGCCCCCACCAUGCUUGUACGUGCCAGACAUGUGCCACGAAAGCCCCUGCGUAGUGCAGAGCAUUAUGGGUCCAUGUUCUAGGAUGCCGCCUGUUUAAAAGCAAGGAUGCGUCAUCUGCGACGCUCGUGUUGUUUUUGGACUCCAGCUCCCAUCAGCCUCAGCCGGCCUGGCCAGUUGUCAGGGAUGAUGGGAGUUGGAGUCCAGCAGCAUCUGGGAUAGCCACAGGAUAGCCAUCCUUGGUUUAAAGAGAGAAUUGCCUAAGCCUGUUAGUUGUUAACCAUGUACCUGUGUAAACUGAGCAUGCACGUUAAAGGACAGGAAGCAAGCAAGCUUCUACAGCUGCUCUUGGCAGUGAUGGGCAAGUGAUGGUUAAGCAAAACUUGUCUGCUAUUACUGGUCUUCUCACUAGGCAACCCUUGAUAGUCAACUGAGGAACUCCGGAACACCGUUUGGAAAACCACCAUUUGACGUUCAUGCUUUUUAUCAGCCACCUUGGACGUUUUUAAACUGUUACAGGAAAAAGCUCCACAUCUGGUUGUGACCUGCAUUAGUUCUGAAGGUGGUGGUGGUACCCAAAGCAGAGCAUCUGACUAUGUCUAGAGAGCAGCCAGGUUCAUAUAGGAGCAGGCAGUCCUUCUCCCAGCAAUGGCCACCAGCUUGGAUGGGUUUAAAAAAAUAAUUCAUGGAGGAUAAAAGGUUGUCAAAGGCUCCUAAAUCUGAUAUCUUUGUGUUCUACCGCCACUGUCGGAGGGAGUAUGCGUCUGAAUUUCAAUUGCUUGGAAACUGCAGGAGGCGAGAGCACUGUUGUACUCAGGUCCAGCUUGCUGGUUUUCCAUAGGCAUCUGGGUUGGCCACUGUGAAAGCAGGAUGCUGAACAGGUGGGCCACUCACCUGAUCCAGUAGGGCUCUUCUGAUGUUCUUAGAUUAGAGAAGGUGGAAAUCUAAAAUGGAUGGAAGCUGCACAACUCCGUUUAGCAUCUUACAAGGCAGAUUAGUAACAACGUGGAGGCAAAUGAAUGCUACUUUGGGAAUGAGAAAAUAGAUCUUUGCAAAUGGAGCGUUACAGCUUUUACAUCCAUAUGAUCUUCAUAGUUAAAAAGUCAGCAAUAGCUUUGCUUGGCCUUUGUAGCUUUGAUAAUUAUUCCAUGAAGAAAUUAAAAUGCUGCACGCUCCUGCUAAAAUAAAGCCAUUUAUCAUUUUAAACGCUUGGGCUAAGACCUUUUUUUUCAUCCUUUUGUUAAUUGGCAAAAUUGAAAUUAGGCAUGACUUCAGUAUGACUUAAUUACUAAGGGUACGAGGUGAUAAAUGUAUUCCUGUUGUAGAAGAUAGAUAAACAGGUGUGGAAGCCCAAGGCUACUAGGAAGCGAUACUCUGUUCCGACUAAAGGAGCCAUCUCUUAUUUUAUUCUCUCAAAAUGAAAGUAACAUUUUACCUAACUCCUAAUACUUCUUAAUUCCAGUCAAAGCCUUGCCAUUAUUGGGCCAGCCAUAUCCACCCCGAAUGCAAAUUUUUCAGAAGGAUGCUUAAGCCGCUUCAUUUCUAGAUCUGGGCUAGAGAACUUGUUUUAGCCUGUAGGGCUGCAUUUCCUUCUGGGCAGCUUUCCAAGGGGCCACAUGGCAGUGUGUUUACUUACAAAACAUUACUAUGCUCUGCUCCUUUAGUGGCAAGAACAAAAUAUAAACGGAACAUUAGCUUCCCCAUCUGCGUGGUUCAUGCCUGUGCACUUAUACCUAAUAAUUUUUCUACCUAGUAUUUCUCGAGAAACUUUGAGAAGCAGGAAGCGAUCAGAUUAUUGCCUCAGUAAGGUGAACGCUCCCAUUUUGACCAACACUACACUGAAUGUAAUAAGACUUGUUGGUAAGUGAAAUGGUUUCUUGCUUUCUUAAUACAACCUGCAUGUUUUAUCAGUGUGUGUGUGUUUUAUAUUUAGAAUUCCCUGGCUUUUAAAACUCUAUAGCAGGAGUGUCAUGGUCUCAUCUUUGAAUAGUUCUGAGUUUGUUGCCGCUCCUGUUGCUGUUAUAUUUUUGUUACCCAAAAAUACAAAAAUUACGAGGUGAAACAAAAUGAUAAAAGAUUGCAAGAUAAUUUAUCGUGAAGAGAUUCUGCAGUAUAUUUACAAAAGAAAAGCACGACAAAAGCACACCAGGAGGGGAGAAGGAGGGGAGAAAUAGUAAUAACUAUUAAUUCAAAGAAUGGAAUAUGCUUCAUUUCAAAAAGGCUUCAUGAAAAUAUUCCCAUUUAGUAAUCCACCACAUUAUCUUACAACGUUUUCACAGGUGUGUGCAAUCAGUCCCUAGCUAUUCUUUAAUGUAAUUAACUGGGGGUUCUCAGGCAGUCGAUGCCUCCUUAGUUUUCCACUUUUUCCACCACCCUUUUUAGCUUCAUUAUCUCUCAUCUGCUCCCAUAUUUUAGCUGGUUUUCUGUAGUCUUUCAAGUGUCUGGCAUAGAAUAUCCACGCUGCUUGGAGUAUAUCUAGUACGUGUUCAACUUUCUUUAUUUUCCUAAGAGGCGACAUGAUAGAAGUGUAUAAAAUUAUAGAGUAUAGAGAAAGUGGAGAGAGUGCAUUCCCCUCCCCAUCCCUUAUAAUAAUAGAACUCAAGUACAUCCCAUGGAUUCAGGACAGACAAAAGGAAGUACUUCUUUGCACAGAGCCUAGAUCAGUGCUGGCCAAACUUGGCCCUCCAGCUGUUUUGGGACUACAACUCCCAUCAUCCCUAGCUAACAGGUCCAGUGGCCAGGGAUGAUGGGAAUUGUAGUCCCAAAAGAGCUGGAGGGCCGAGUUUGGCCAUCACUAGCGUAGAUAAACUAUGGAAUUCUUUCCCACAAGAAGCGAUGAUGGUUGCCAACUCAGGUGGCUUCAAUCAGGGGUGCCAAGUUGAAUACAAUAUGGGGCCUAGGCAGGUAAGUCCCGCCCCACAUAACCACAUAAUUGAUCACACAGACACCAUUUGAAUGGCAAUGCCCAUCAACUUUGGGGGGAAGCCCCCUCAAAUGUUUUAUUUGGGGGGCCGAAGGGACCCUGGCCCCUAGGAGUUGGCUCCUAUGGCUUCAGUAGAAGAUUAGACAAGUUCAUGGAGGGUGCCUACAAACCCUCGUGCCUGUAUGCUGUCUCCAUACCCGAUGCAGUGUGCUUCUGAGCAGCAGUUGCUGGAAUCAGAUGGGAGAGCAGGUCCUGCUUUCAGGCUUCCCAUAGGCAUCUGUUUGGCCACUGUGAGAACAAGAUGAUGGGCUAGACAGGCCACUGGCCUGAGCUAGCAGAGCUCUUCUUAUGUUCUUAUGGAUGUAAGGUUUUAUUUAACAGGCGGCGAAGUGUCAGACAUGCUGUAAUUUGGUUACAACGCCCACUACUUAAUGUUAGCUAGGAUACAAACCUUGGAGAAUACUUGUACUGAGCCAGCGUGUGUGCCCACAAAUGUGCUUUUCCACUGACUGGUGUAACAGAAAGUCCUUCGGUGUUUGGGGGCUUUUUAUUGCCUUUUACGAUGCUCAGAACAAAAAGUUAUCACACGAAGUCAUUACCUUAAUCUACAAUGUAGGUAAAUGGAUUUUCAUCUGAUGGACACGAGGGAAUGUAAUUGAAUUGUGUUGUGUGGAACCUCAUUUCCAUGCAUCCUUGCCAGCAAUCUUGUUCUCCCCAUGCUGCUACCUGAAACUUCGUUAGACUCUGGGAAAACAUUGCCUUUGUGAACAUGACCUAAUGGCAUAAGCUGCCGCACUCUGAGCUCUUCUGGGAUGCUGCAGUAAUAAUUUGAUAAAUAUUGCUCAAUAUUUCUUGGCCAAAUGCAUGGUAUCUUUCUCUGAACUAAUAAGACUGUUGACACAUCUGGUUGAAGAAUAUGCAGAAUUGCCGUCUAAAAAUCUAAGCGGGCACUUCGUUCUUUACGGAGUUUAGAUGAAUUUGGCAAAGAUUAUGUUGUUCAUUAGUUACAAGCCAGAAAUGUGAGGAACGAUUUCUGUGCCCGAACUCCCAGUUCUUUGAUGAUUCUUUAUUUCCCUCCUUCAUAGCUUCUUUAAAGGAUAUCCCUAGCUAGGUUGGCCAUUAUGGGGUAGAACUUUGUGCCAUAUUCCAGUGUUUUUAGGGAAUAUUGAAAGAAUGCAUUAUCUACAGCACAGAUGAUAAAGUGUUGGCUCUCAGAUCUAUGACCUAGAGCUUGGAAGGCAGAUAGAAAGUAUAUGGGUAAAAAUUGUGAUAGAGGGAAACAUCAGUGACCAUACUGUGUGUGUCUGCUAUGGAUCUCCAAGUCAGACUGAAGACUUGGAUGAUGCCUUCCUAGAGCAGAAUACCAAACAUUCAAAAAGGAGAAAUAUAGUAGUCAUGGGAGACUUCAACUGAGUUAUGUAAGCAGAGGUUGGAUGGCCAUCUGUUAUCUUUAGUUGAGAUUCCUUCAUUGUAGGGUGUUGAACUAGAUGACUCUCAGGGUCUCUACAAUUCUGUGAUUCUAUCCCUGAACUUUAUAUGCCUUAAUAGGCUCUUUGGACUGCAGCCAUGGUUUUAUAAACAGGUACCUAAAUAAUGAAUAGUGGAUAUGCAAAAGUUAUUUGUUGAAACUAACCCUACCAUGAAAGAUUUUGCUAUGUCAGUGUUCUAAAGGCGGGGGAAGGGGUUAAAAAUGCUUUCCCCUAUUCUGUAUUUGAUAAUUACUAAUUGGCAUGUCCGUUGUGCUUUUGUUGCACAAAAAGUCUUGUAGAAUCUAUAUAUCCUUUCAAUAACCCUGUGAGACACAUUAGGGUGAGGAAUUGUAAAACUGGGCUUUUCAUGCAUUAUCCAACUCCAGCAUGAAAGGAUAUUUCUAGCUGAAGAUAUGCAAAGAGUAAAAAUCAUGGAUAUCCUUUUAAAAAAAGAAGAAGCAUGAAAAAGGCAGUGAACACUGACUUAGAAAUCUGGGAUGCUUUGAGGUUUUUAAAAACUGCUUUGAGCUUUUGUGUUUUUUGGUUGUUGUUUUUACAAUCAAGCAGUAAAUUGUAUGCAAUAAAUCUUGCAUGGGCUACUGCGAUUUUUCUUGAAGCUAUAUUGCAAUUUACAAACACCUUGAGUAACACCUCUAAGAUACUACUAUAUGGUUCAUUAUGUGUUCUGCUGCUUAAUUUCUCACACAAAACUUAAAGCAGAAAUACAUUUCUGUUAUCUCUUUUUCUGCCAGACUUUAAGGGCAGACUUGGAUGACUCCUCCAUAAUCUAUUUGAGAUAAGGUUAAUGUGAGCUAUCCCCCCCCCCUUUGUGGUUCCAGCUUGUGAGAGCUGGAAAAGACGUCUUGCAGUGAACCAUCGUGUAAUGGAAAUUUUAACUGUGAUAAUCAUAACUGUAGGAUUCUAUGCUAUGUAAGAAUUACCCACGGCCAUGUAAAUCCUGUUGCUGUGAGAGCCUAUCAUGAAAUCAUUCUAAACGCAUCCAUAAACACUUGACAAAUUAUAUAACAAACCGAAAACAUAAAAGUUGCAGGCUUUUAAAUAUUAAAAAGUAACUCACCCCAUAUAGUUUUGCCUGGAAGUCUUAAUAUCACACUUGUUUUAGAAUCCAGAUUGCCAAGAAAUAUGUGCCAAUGGCAAACAAUUUGUCAAAAAAGCAUGUAGUUGAUUGCAUCUUUGUAAAAGUCUGGUUUCACUGCAAGUGCUGCUCAUAAUGUUCUUCCCUUCCCUUCUGGUUAUUCUAGGGGAUUUGGGGGGGGGGCACAGUCUGCUGAUGGUCCUGUUGGUGACUUUUCUGGUGAUUCCUUUUCAAAAUACCUGUUUAGUGCAAAGGGAAAAAAAGGUUGUCUACUAGGUUUAUAGGAGAGAUUUUAGAAAUUGGCAUUAUCUUACGGAAGGAAUGAAGAAGAAAUGUUCCUGGAGCCUGAACAGUGUCAAGAUGCAGAAUGAUGUAGUGAUAGAGAAAUGUUCUUGGCAUCUAAGGGAGAAAAGAUUUUACAGGGGCAAGAUUUAGGGAAGAGUUCCUUGUCUUCCUCAUAGACUCUUAAGUCCUAUCUUCUAGCCUUUCUGUUAAGUAGAUGUUCUUAUUGAAAGAGAGGUUUGGAAAAUCCAGGCCCGUGGGAUUAUCUUGGGUGUUAUUGGAAUCGUUGACAUACAUAUCAGUUACCAACAGCUUCAGAUGUUGUUUCUCUCCAUAAAUGUGAUCGGUAACAUUGGGACUGCUCCCAGGUGCAAGGAUGGGCAAGCCCAGAGAAAAAGGGAGAAUGAGCCGAAUUUUAGGAAAUGUUCACGACUACUAAGUCUUAGAAGGAUGUUUGUAAUCUAGGAACAUAAAAUCAUUAAGGCAUUUCAUUGCCUUAACAGUUUUCAUUGCAGAUUUAAUGGGCUAGUGCAAUGUAUUAUAAUAAAUGAGAUGCUGCCUUAAGCUAAAAACGGUGGUACGGUAUUUUUUCCAUAAAGGCGCUUAAACUUUCAGGGUUCUGAUUUUGCAAGGUUGAUUAUCAUUUUCUCUAUUUCUGAUGUCCAGGCUGUGAUUGCCACUUUUUAUGUAGGUGCCACCCACAUCCAAGAGGAGAGGUAUUAGCAGACCUUUGUAAUUUGCAGAAGUGCAAAACAACAAUAGCAGCAGUAUUAGAAAUAAAACCUAAGUGGGGGAACCACAAAACAGCCCAGUGAGAAUUGAGAGUGCUCCAUGGCUCUUGAAUGCUGUCUGAUGGCUGAGGGACUGGAAUCCAGAGCAGGGAAGUGCUUCACACUGCCAACACUUUGGUUGUCCUACCUCUGCCAGUUUCCAACAUUCCACCACACAUCUAGGCUGUGCAGACAACUGUACUUUUAAAGCACUUUGAAAGCACAUCCUUCCUGAAAAAGAAUCCUAGGAACUGUAGUUUGUGAAAGGUACUGGGAAUUGUAGCUCUCGUGAGGAGUAAAUUACAGUUCCUGUGAUUCUUUGGGUGAGGGGAAUGUGCUUUAAAAGUUUGGCCUGUACGCAGCCUAAAUAUGAUCAAGAAUCGGAACCUAGAAUGGAGUGAAGAAGUUGGGAAGAAGCUUAACUGUUUAUAACCAGGGACAACGAGGAGAAGGAAUAAGGUUUAGCUCGGAGCUUCCCAAACUGUGUGUCGCGACACGUUACUGUGUUGUCUGCAGUGUUUAGGUGCAUCGUGGAAACAGUGGGAGACCUUCACGCUCCAGCAGGCGGGGGCGUGGCUGGUGUACGUCCCGGGGGGCAUGGCACGUGUCCCAGGGGUGUGAUGCACCGCCUGUGGGGGCAUGGCGCCCAGCGCAGGGGGUAGGGCAGCGAUGGUACCCCACCGGGAUUGUGUUGCCAGGGGUGGUGUGCUCCCCCUGCCCCCUCUCCCUCCACCAGUGCAUGGAAAUGCUCCCCAGGGCUGGAAAGGGGUUAGUUUAACCUCCAGUUUGCUAGUAAAACUGAAUUAUUGUGUCGCAAAAUGAUGCAAGUCUAAAAUGUGUGUCACCAGCAUGAAAAGUUUGGAAAGCUCUGGUAGAGCUCCUAACCUAUGGUGACCUUUGCUUUCAGUUAUGUUAGGAAAUAGCUGCUAUUCUAUCCAAAUUCGGGGGGGGGGGCAAUAUUGCAGAAUGGGCAGGCCCAGCAUGGAUCAUUUAUUGUAUUUUCAUGGGAUGCACACAGACACUCCGUCCUCUAGCAUCCGCUCGCACUCACCUUGCCAAUCAUCAGUACAGUAUGGGUAUUUCACUAAUAAUAAGUACGUAUGUAUAAAAGCUAGUUUGACAUCAGCGUACAAACAUGGCAUGGAAAGUUGAACUUUUUGUGGUGUUCUUUUUUGUCUUUGAAGGCAAAUACAUGCAGAUGAUGAACAUCUUGAAGCCAAUUGCAUUUGAUGUGAUCCACUUCAUGUCCCAGCUUUUUGACUACUACAUGUAUGCAAUAUAUAUGUUUUUUGGCCGAAAUGACACGGUAAGUAAAUAUUGCCGUUUAAUCAGCAUGUGUGCAUGCAUGGUGAAGGGGAAUAGUAUAAGGGGGUAGCGAUAGCUGGAAUAUUAAUUUGCAAUUCUAGAAGUAUAAAUGGUAUAAGGUCUGUGCGAGGGUUUACACCUAUCUCUGCUUCCCAGAUGUCAUAGAGAAAGAAAUGUUGUUAUGAGGAAACAAUCUGAGGAUUACGGAAAAAUUGGUUUCUGGUUUGUGAUAUUGUGAGAGAGAAGAUGGGGGUUUCGCUGGAAUAAUUCAUUUUGUUCAGCUAAUUGCUUUUCAGAUAUGAUGUUCCUUUAACUUGUGGGCUCUCUCAAUAUGUCAUAACAAGACCAAGGAAAGAAACCCUCAUAAAAAACCCAAAACAACAACAACAACCCUACACAAGCUUGCCCACAGGCAGACUAAUAAGAGGAAUUUGGAUGAGACAUGCAGGGUAGUGGCUGUGUGGUAAUAAGGACUGAGUAAGCUUCAGUUCCAAUGGAGAUCAAUGGCAUGUGAGUGCCAAAUGGUACUGGGAUAUGCUGCUGCUUUGCUUACAGUGACUGAAAGAGUAUAAAGGAGGGAUGGGGCUCCUCAAGGUCUCUUGCUCCUUUUAAGAUAACACUAGGAGAAGAAUAUAGGGAGGUGCCCACUCUGCCCUUCAAAUCUGAAGGCACCUCGCAGCAUUGAGAAACUGGGUGUUAAAUAGCUGGAUACAUUUCACACAUGCCACAGAUCAUUUGUUUAUUCAUUUAUAACUUGCAAAUCUGAAAGGUAUGUUCAGAAUAUUAGUACUAAGGAACAAUAUUUUCCAUGUUGCAAGAAUCCCAGAAUCAAUGCAAAUACUAGAAUCAAGUGCCCCACGAGCUUUAACAGGAUGGGAUCCUAAAUCAGUCAUUUAUUUGCUUGACAGAUCCACACAUGGUUCCAAAUUGUCUAGGGCUGUUCUUUUGGCAGGAGUAAUAACAUUGAGAUUUGGUUGUUUACAGAGAUGAACAGCAAAUUGUUUUUUUAACACUGACUUGAUUUUCAUUGGCUGUUUCUGCUGCUCUUUCUUUAAUCCCCCCCCCCCUUUGCACCUCCUGUUUGCAUUUUAAAGCUUUUACCCAGUUCUACACUUUCCACAUCUAGCAGAGAACAACAAAGUGCUAGGCAGGUAAAUGCGCAAGAGUUGGAUUUUUGAACAUUGUGUUUCCUACUGUAGUGUUCCUUAUUGUUUGGCUUUUUGAAGAGCAGUUCCCAUGGGAAACAUACAGCUUAUGAAAAGGGUCUGUCAAUGUAAUUUAGCCUUCUUGUAAAGAUGAUAUGAUAAUCUAUCAUCUCUGAAGACCUCAAACAACUUUGACAACAACAACAAUAAUAAUGUAUGUCCUUUAGGUCAGUAGAAUAAUAUAAUGAUAGAAUUGUAGUGUUGGAGGGGACCCGGAGGGCCCUAGAGUGCAAACCCCCUCCCACAAUAAGCUGCCUGUGUUGGGGAUACCAUUGAGUAGGGUCAACCCCACUAAAUUGAAAAGGAAAUGUUUUUGAACCUUUGAAGACCAAAGACAUUAAUAAUUUUAUUGUAAACUUCUCUAAAUGAAAGUCUGUCAUCUCAGCCCGCACACUGCAGAUGUGUGUGCUAUAAAGAAACGCAGAUUGCCUUAAGUGUUCUUCCAUAUUCAGUUGCCCGUGUAACAGUGGCACGCUAUUUAAAAUAUUCAGCCUUUUCCAUCAUUCAAGCCCAUUUGUUUACUUCAAGCCACUUACCCAGUGGGACAUAAGUGGGAGUAACUUGGCCAAUGCACAGGUACAUUAGCUUGAGUGGCUUUUGAAUGAUAGUUAAGGUCUGUUCUGUUGAAUCCAAAGCAAAGGAGUGUCUUCCUGAACUGACAAAUGUAUUCCUGGUGUGAAACACAUACCCAUAUUUUGACAAUAUGGUUGAAGUCGACCCUUGAAAUGCAUGUAUGUUUCUUAGUUCUCACGCUAUAGUUUUGUCAACUGAGCAGCUCUGUCUGGGUCUCUUAUAAUUCCCACUGAAUUUAAAAUGUGGUAAGUUGCAACAGGAUGAGCUAGUAUAAUUCAUUCCUCUAAUGGAAUGGCUUUGCGUCUUUGUGAACCAUGACACUGGAACAUUUUCUGCUUGAUUCAUAAUCACAAAUGUUUGUGUAGGUGUAACUUCACUGAAUCUUUUCAAAAGGAAAUCUUCCUUAUGUAACUUAGAGCACGAAGGUAAUUGCUACUAAGUAGCAAGUACAGUUCUUCAUUCUGAUUUACAUUAAAUUUGUUCUUCAUGUGGCAAAGGUGUCUGGUGCCAUUGGACGCCAUUCUCAGAAAGAAUACAAAGCACAAGGCUUCCCAAAGUGCAAUAUAAAGUAUUCUGGAAAAAAAAUUAUCCCCUAAUACAGUGGAUAAUUCAUGUGUCCGGUAUGAAUUGUGUGUGGUCGUUCUAGUGUAUGAAACUUAGUUUUUCUUUGUAUAUGAGUGCAGUGUUGAGUGUGUUGCUGCUGCCUUCCCUCCCCAUCCCACCUCUUUUUCCAUUUUUUACUUUGAUUGAAAUACCAUGUCAUGCUGCGCUUUUAUCCAAUGUGGCAAUGGAAUGUAGGCAAAUGGGAAAAUUCCUUUGGAUUAUUUGUAUGCUAUCCAAAUUGUGUUGCUUAGAAUUCCCUCUCACUUCCAGUUUGAAACGACAGGACUGGGACUCAGCAGCAGCCGGCUUCGAACCACACUCAACAGAAUACAGGAGAGCCUGAUUGAUCUGGUAAGUUGUAGGACUUUGAGUAAUUGAAAUGGAAGAGUAAUAGGAAUUGCAUUGGUUGCUGUACCAGAUGUACACCAUCCUGAGUAAUUGCACUAAAUCCAUGUUAGAUUACAACAACACAUGGUUUGUGGAGAUGGCUCUGAAGGCGGUUUGGUAACUUCAGCUGGUGCAGAGUUCAGCAGCCAGGAAGACGGCUUGAGCAUAUUACACCAAUCCUGGCUUGACUGCCCUGGCUGCCAGUUAGGCCCUCUUGUUGGUUCCUCUUGACCCAUACCACUGGGUGAUCCACAAUAAUGAAGAAACUUGGAAACUUGGCAAAGUUGAUGCCUGUAUAUAUUUCAGAAACAGCAUGAGACUGUCUGUGGUGAAGCGGUGGUGGUUGAAAACUUACAAUGAUAAUUGGGAUUUUAUCCUAUAUUUCAUACCCCUACCUCAGCAAAGCCAUCAAGAUGAUUUUUAAAGAUGGAAAGCUAAAAAAAAAAUGCAUUCAACAAGAUUUUCCCUUUAGGAAUCACUGCCUGUUUUUUCACAGCAGUUGCAUUACCUGUGAAUCCUUCUGUCUCAACAGUCCUCCAGAAGAUGCCCAUCCUUUGGGGCCUAAGGUUUCAGCAAUCGGCCACAGCACCUUUAGUGAUUAUAAGCCUGGAGAGACCAAACAUGAGACAGUUCAGUUUUCGCUCUCUGUGCUUCACGAUGUGAUAUCCACAUUCAUUGGUAUCAGUGAUGUGAAAUAAAGCCUAAUGACUUCAACUCGGGUGCCUUCACAGAAUCACAUUAGUAGGAACCAUCAGUCCAGAGGUUUUUUCUGUUUCCAGUUUCCCACGCUGUUACAGAAAGCCCCUGACCCCCUGGAACAACUGUGUGUGUAUGGGGGGGGGGUGGAACUCCAGCGGCCCCUGGAGCAUGGAGUGCUGCAGGAGCAAUUGAUGGAAAUUGCCUCUCCCCCCCUUUCUCCAGUAGAGAAUCACAGGCAUUUGUUCCAAACUCAGUGCAGUAUGUUUUAUUAAUAAUAGAAGGUCUGGUCUCAAGUGUGAUUAUAAAAGCUGUAUGUUACAGUGCUAAAAUGGCUACCCAAAAGUCAGUCUAACCACUUUUGCCUUACCAUGUAUCUCUCGUCCUCUGAGAGCAUGUUAGCUGCCAGUGGAAAUAUUUGAUAGAUGUUGAUUUAUUUGUUUGUGUGCCUUUUUUAUAGCCAAACACCAACAUAAUUUGGCUGUUGUUGUUUUUAGCUAAGACAUUAUUCACACCACCAUGAUACACUGCAUCUCUUUUAUGUCAGCAGCUGGUAUAAAUGGGUCUCCUCCUUCCAGGAAGAAUUGAAUCUACUGUAUAAGAACCACGGUUUAUCCUGUCAACUGUUGAAAGAACGUAAAAGCACAUAUCCCUAAUAAGUAAUGUGGUACCAAUUCUGUGUUCAUAUUCUGCAAUGGAAUUAACUAGGCAGGUUAAAUUUGAAAUACUUUAUUGUCACUUGUACAACUUGUAUACAGUGAGAUUACACAAGUACCCUCCACUCAGCUCUCUUAGUCUUAAUUCCCCUCGUUUACUGAUGCACACCCACCAAACCCGAAAGUCAGUUGCUCUGUUGUUAUCUUUUCAUUUAGCAGCCUAACAGCCCACGGAUAGAAGCUGUUCUUUACGCUGUUGGUGAGAUUAAUCAUGCUUCUAUAUCUUCUGCCUGAGGGCAGGAAAUCAAGAAAGUGCCGGCCAGGGUGUGAAUCAUCCCUGAGAAUUUUCCUCACUCUCCUGAGGCAGCGUUCUUCCUCUAUUUCAUCCAGUGGAUUCACGGGACAGCCCAUAAUAUCUUAUGCUGUAUUCAUCACCCUCUGUAGGCACUUCCUAUCAGAUGAUGUCAAACCAGCAUACCACACCGUGAUGCAGUAUGAAAGGACACUUUCUAUUGUUGACCGGUAGAAGAUCAUCAGAUGUUGAUUGACGUUGUUCUUCCGCAAGACUCUGAGGAGAUGGAGUCUCUGUUGGGCUUUCUUAACCACCUGGGUUGUAUUUAUUUUCCAAGUAAGGUCUUCACUGAGAUAAACUCCUAGGAAUUUAAAGGAGUUUAUCUCAGUGAAGACCAUACUUGGAAAAUAAAUACAACCCAGGUGGUUAAGAAAUGAAGCUCCUUCUGGAAGGGGAAACCGCAAAUGCAACAGAUCAAUAAAACCAGGCAAAUGCUUCUUUCCUCAAUAGAGAGGUUGACAAAUUAUUUACCAGCUCUGGUGCACUGGAGCAAACAGCAUUCAAUAGAAUGGUACUAGGGAACAGAACAAGUUCCUGGUUCAAGCACCAUAGAGCUGCUGGCAACCUUGGUUUGGCUUUAUCUGUAUUAAUUGGGAGAUCAUUUUGAUAUAGUUCCCCCCCCAUGGGUGUGGUUUCAUAAUAAACCCAGGUAUGGACAGAUGCAUAUAGAAAACACAUUGGAAUUGGAAAACCAAGGUGGAUUCUCCAGGAAGGAUAUGUAACCAUGUAUGCUAGAUUCCUGAUAGCUCCUGCUCACAGAUAUCUUCUGUGAAACCCAUGUGAUAAAAGUGCUUUGUAAAGCACCGCAAGAAUCCAUAAACUUCUAUAUGGGGGAAGCUGUGGCUUCCUUUUUCCGGAGAGGGUUCUGUGUUUAAUCCCUGGUGUCUCUAUUCAAGUAACUUUGGUUAUGUGAGCAAAGUUUCCUUCCAUUUCAUCCCACAUUUUCUGGGGGGUGAUCACCUUCACUAUGCAUGCUGAUUCAUUACCCCCACGCCUUCCAAAACUGAGCUUGGUAACAGCCACCUGAUGGGAGUUGUAGCUCAGUACAUCUGGAGGGCAGUAGGUUGUGGAAGGCUGGUCUAAAAGGUACUCAUCAAGGUGGUUGUUUUUUUACUUCCCACAGUAUAUUUAAUCUAUAUAUUGUGUUUCAGCCUAGGUACAGUUUUAUUUCUGAGACCGAACAAAAAUGAGAGCAGUUAAUAUGUAAGCGGAGGAGCUUGUCAGAGCAAUGGGAUUUCCAAGGGUAGAAACAGAAAAAUGGACCUUAGUUUUUUUCCAUAUGUGAGAGAAAAUCUUAUUUGUUUUUCAUUUAGUUUGUUUUUCACUACAGUGAACUUAUGCUGUACAUGCUUAAUGGGGGGGAACUGCUCUUACGAGAUCAGAAUUCAAAACCUUUCCCCAUAAAGUCUAAAGGAAAUGAAAGAUCAGAAAACCUAUCAAAAUUGACAGUGCUCAAAUUUAAGAAUCCAGAGCUGCUAACUAGAUCCAUCUUAAACCUGGGCGAGUAAAAAUGUCUUAAGUAGUGACGGAUGUUCAUCAGGGAUGUGGCUGUUCAUGCCACCAGGGCAAGGGAAUUUUCAAAACCAAGACAUUACUACAGAGAAGGCUUUGUCUCACAUCCCUACACAAUGAACCACGUUUGCCAAGGAGUAACAAGUUGGACUAUCAAGCCAUUCCUAAAGUAUUUGAUGCUAUAUUUCUCCAUGUGUACACUGUACAUGUGGGGGGUGGGCGGCGGGGGGGUGAGUCUGUCUUCCCUGUUCCCAGUUUCUGUGUGCUCUCCAGCACUGGCAUUUGCAUGUUCAGCAGACCAUCAGGAAACAGAGUCUAUGUGCACCUGUAGGGUCUCCCUUCUGACAGUUUCCUGAAUGCAGCAGUGUUGAGGGUAGCAGAAGGCUUAAUGACCCCAUUCGCACAUAAUGGUCAGCAAAACCAUGGCUUAGGGGGAGCCAAGCACAUAUGCAGGUUCCUGCAUUGAAGGUGGUAAGUUCUGAGGUCCUCCCUUGGUCCUGCUGCCACCACAGCAUCUAUGACUAAGCCAUGACUUGGCUUACUGUUGCAUCUAUACCCAGGCAGCUCAUGGCUUGUUUGCUUCAGAUAAACUUUGAGUGGUAAACUAAAAAUAAUAUUUGGUUUAUUGGCUUGUGGUUUUUGUUUGGAGCGAAACAAAGCACAAGUCUGAGUCUGGGUGUAGUGCUAGCUCAGAGUAGCACAGCUCCAACAGGACUGGGGGAGCUUUGCUCCAGAAGUCUGCUUGUUCAACCUAAGCCAUGGUUUGGCAUAGUGUCAAGUUAGAAUUGGGUCACUGAAUGCUUGACUAUGGCAUUUAUAAGUUUUCCUAGUAAAUUCUAGGGACGCGGGUGGUGCUGUGGGUUAAACCACAGAGCUUAGGACUUGCCGAUCAGAAGGUCGGCAGUUCAAAUCCCCGCGAUGGGGUGAGCUCCCGUUGCUCGGUCCCUGCUCCUGCCAACCUAGCAGUUCGAAAGCACGUCAAAGUGCAAGUAGAUCAAUAGGUAUCACUCCGGUGGGAAGCUAAACGGCGUUUCCGUGCGCUGCUCUGGUUUGCUAGAAGCAGCUUAGUCAUGCUGGCCACAUGACCCAGAAGCUGUACGCUGGCUCCCUCAGCCAAUAAAGCGAGAUGAGCACCACAACCCCAGAGUCUGCCACGACUAGACCUAAUGGUCAGGGGUCCCUUUACCUUUACCUUAGUAGAUUCUAGGCUGUUCUCUGUAGUAGAUUUUUUAAAAACCAGAAAGUUACCACUGACACUUUACAACUCUCUAGGAAAGAUUUGUGCAUAUAAAAUGCCGUGAUCCUUUAUUCUUUCUAUUCCUUAAUUUUCUGAGAAAUCUUGCCUUGGCAAUGACGUCUAGCUAUUACCUUUUUGACCAACUGUAUUUUGGAUGGCUUCCUUCUCAGUGUUGACUGUGAAUUGCUCCAUUAACUUUAAUAAGACUAAUUUUGCUUUUAAGUUAGGCAAAUUCUUGAUCAAUUUUGUCAGUGGCAAAAAAGUAAUGAGUUGCAUCAAACAAAAGCAAUUUUGGAUCCUGUUACAUUUAGAUUUGAGGGAGUCUGGCAUACUCUUUAUGAAUUAAGGUCAUCUGUUCGCAGGAAAAGGAUUGAGAAUUUAAUUCUAAAUACGGAUAAUGAUAAGGGGGGCUAAUUCUUUUAAUGCACCUUCUAAAAAAGUGGAAAAUAGGUAAUUAAACCACCUCUGGCGUCACUUCACCUCUUAAGCUGUUCAUCUGAAUAUCUGAAUAUCUUCUUCCCUCUCCCACAUUGGAGAAAGACUUCAGUUUUUUAUUUCAGUUUUAAUUGCAUACUCACAUUUCAGCAUGAGAUCCCAGGACAGGUUAUAGCAAUUAAAAACUACAACACUGAAACUAUUUAAAACAAGUUAUAGUCACAAAGAUAGGGUGGAUCUGAAAAAAUAUCUAUCUCGGGUGUCAGAGGCUAGGGACAUUUAAUAGAGGUGCCAGAAGCAUCUCUGGGUAGCGAACUUCACAGCUUAUGGGCUACCACAGAGAGUUCCCCCUCCUGAGACACCAACUUGAACUACUAUGGGCAGUAGAACUACCAAGAGUCCUUCUCCCCAGGGGGUCUGAAGGGAAGGAGGUGGUAUUUUCAGAUAUGGGGGGGCUAAAUUAUUUAGAGUUUGAACCCCCAAAUGAGCACCUGGAAAUUGACCUGGAAACUAACUGGCAGCCAUUAGUUGCAUCAGUAAUAUAGCUGCUACAUUUUGAACUAGGUGAAGCUUCCGAGUCAGAAGGAGCAGCCAACGUUUUUUAGUAGCAGAUUCCAGAAAUGUAAAUGGCAGCUUGAUGAUCAAGUAAUGUAUCAAGUCCAGUCAUUUAGAUAUUUGAGUUUUAUAUUGAACAAUUGGUUCUCCUAGAAACAGCAGCAACUGUUUAAACACCAAUUUGUCAGUUUCCAAAAAAAUACUUAGCAAAGAAUGACAACUGGAGAUCAUUGUGUUGAAGAUUUUUUGUCUUAGUUCAGUUAUUCCAUGAGGCCAAGCUCUGGAGAAAUGGCCAAAAUCUCAUUUGGAAAUCUUGCAGGGUGAACUUUUGAGGGGGAAAGUAGGACAUAUCUGCUGUUCUCGGAGCUAAACUUGGGAUGCCAUCUAUCGCAACCAGAGUUGAAAAUAAGUUAAAUGGAUGGUAACAUCCUUUCAAGCUAUGCCGGAUGGAAAAUGAAGGGUGGAGUGCUGGGCACAGAGAUGUCAAAAUAAACUGGCAAUUGUAACUGUUGAAGGGUUUUUGGUGUUAGGCCAUUCAUUGUUGUGACCUGACGGAAUGGGUUUCUGGCAGUGAUGUCCACAAACAUAGUUAUGGCUAUGAAUAGCAUGUAUUUCUUGUGGUGAUGUUGCAAGUUUAAGAAAGAUCACAUCAGGGCACAUUACCUUCAAAUACUAACCUUCCUUAUGUAGGCCUUUUAUGGAUUUUAAGUAAGACCAUAGUAGAUACAGUGGUACCUCGGGUUACAAAUACUUCGGGUUACAGACUCCGCUAACCCGGAAGUAGUACCUCGGGUUAAGAACUUUGCCCCAGGAUGAGAACAGAAAUCGCGUGCCAGUGACAUAGCGGCAGCAGGAGGCCCCAUUAGCUAAAGUGGUACCUCAGGUUAAGAACAGACCUCCGGAACAAAUUAAGUUCAUUAGCAGAGGUACCACUGUAUCUUGAAGGGAUGACUGCUGGUAUUCCAAUGCAGGAGUGAAAAUGUUUUUUGUUGUUGUUGCUGAAGCCAAAUCAAAUAUACUACUAAUUACUUUAUUUAUUUUACCCAUUAUAUGUCGAUCCAUUGAAAAAAUCUGGUUGCCUGUUCUGUCUCAGUAUUUGAGUUAAACACCACAAGGUGCUGUGAUUGAGAUACUAAGAAUAAAUUGGUUUUAUAACUUACAUGGUGGUGGUGUUUGUACCAAAUGUGUUCCCCCACAAACUAAUUAUUUUAACGAUUGAGCUUAAUUGAUUAGCAUAUGUAGCCAUCAUGACGGAUACGAAUUUUUCAUUACAUUUUAAAUUUCAUUUUAAUCAUGGUCAGUUGUAUUGAUUUUAGCAUAUAGUAGAGCGCUUGAUGGGUUAGUCUAUCUGCAAGUACUUUGGUGUUCAAAAGAAAGGCAGAGUGUUGUGCUCCUCCUAGUUUCAAUAUCUCUGGUUUAUAAAGAUAAUUGAAAGCUCCUCUAUACUGGGACUUCCGGGUCAGCGCCAUCGGUGAAUGGCGGAGUUCCUCCGUCCGGAGGAACGGGCUCCGUGGAAACUGGGUCUUCCCGCCGCGGCGAAGGUGGGGACCCGCUAGAAAUCCCAGGCGGAGGAAGCCUGGGAACGUGGGGUUCGGCAGGGCACCAGGAGCGCCCCCCUACUCGCAGGGAAUCCCAUUUAGGGGCUCCGGAGCGAAGUGGGGUGAGAAGCACGGUGCUGCGAACUGACUGCUACUUUCAUGGAGUGAAACCGCACAGCCAUUGCCGGAGAGCGCUGACCUUUUCCUGUCGACAAUUGGACUUAAAAUAAGUACCCGUGAGUAGAAACGGAAAAUUGGAUCAAGAAAUUUCUUAAUUUGGUAACGAAGCGGGAAGGUUCAAAACAGGAAGUCUGCCUUCCGCUUUUUGUAUAUAGACUAAAGCAAAAACUUUGUAAGCUAAAGCCUGGAAAGCUGUCAAAAAGUCUAUAUUUUCUUCAUUUAGAAUUACUGAAACCCCCUUGGAAGCAGGAGAAAAGGGGGGGAAUUUUGUUCAACCCUAGCAGGAGAGGGAGUGAAGAAGGAUAAGUUUCCACCGUCUCUAACCUGGGAACGGGGUGUCAGAGACAGAAAUUGUUGGAGAGGUUCAUUGACUGUGAAUGGGAUAUUUUGACAGAUAGCUAAAGAAGAGAAACAAGCUGAUUCCAAUGUUGCCUUUUGCAUCCUAAAGAAACAAAAUAUCUGAAAAAUAUCUGAAAAACGAAAGUAAUUUUCCUUUGUUGGACUUGCCAAAAAAAAAAAAAUGGAUACAAAUAGAAAUUGCCUCCUCUAGAGGGAGCUUGUCAAAUUGUUGCUGCAGUACACUUGAGGGCUCAACAGAUGUGAGAUUAAGACCGUGGGAACAGGCUUUUCUGACCUUGACUACAGAUGAGUUGGAAGGAAGACGGGAUGCUUGCCUUAUGUAAGACAAGUGCCCUGCUGGAACAGAUGCAUGAGACAAUGGACUUGAUGAAUGAGAAGAUGGAUUUGACUGUUGCAGUUAAUAACUGUGGGCAAACAGGGAAUAUUGAUACAGAAAUUAUCCAGGGACCAACUCAUGAAUCUGUACUGACUGGGCAAGUGCAGAAGAUAAUGGAGGAGGAUGCAGUUGCACCCCAAAUAAUACAAAUGGAGAGUCCCGAGGCCCUACAGGAGUAUGAGCCGCUGUCAUUGAAGAUUGAAGUUGGAGUGGGCCAGGGGGAGUCUGGAGUUGAGGAGGUUCCCAACGUUGGAGAGACCUUGGAAUAUCCUUUUAAAUACUUUUUGGACUAUAUUGAGGAUUGUGGGGAGUGGGACUGUGGGGAAUGGGUGGGUUUGAUGAAGGGAGAUGGAGGCAAUUCUGGCUUGGAACCCCCCAGAGGCCUACCCCUCAAUGAGAAAGGAAAGAAACUAAGAAAGAGACCAACAAAAGACAAGGAAAAGGGCAAGUAUAAACAAGAAGAAGAAGAAUUGCAGAAGGGACAUGGAAGAGACUUAAGGGCCUCGGACAUAAGGCUUCCAGGUUGAUGGACUAGAUGGAAUGGACAGUAAGGACUGACACGAUCCGAGACCAGGAAGAAGGGACGUUGGAUGAAGAUUGGAAUAAAAUUUAUAAAGAAAAUUUUCUAAUUGGGGAAUUGGCUAAAAAUUACAGUGGUGCCUCGCAAGACGAAAUUAAUUCGUUCCGCGAGUUUUUUCGUCUAGCGAAUUUUUCAUCUUGCGAAGCACGAAAUCCCAUAGGAAUGCAUUGAAAUUCAAUUAAUGCGUUCCUAUGGUCAAAAAAAGUCCAAACAAAGCCAAAUUUGGUACAACAAGAGUUUAUUAAGUGCUCUUUAAAGUCACACAUACUGUAAAGAGCAUUUCAAAAAUUGAAGGAACAAUAAAUUAAGUUUCUAAACAUGACAGAAAAACAUUUAAAAAUCAACAAAGUGUACAGUACAUUUUCUAAGACUCUGGGGGACAACUCGAAGAAGGUUCCUCUUCCACUCUUUGCUUCUUGCUGAAGAACCCCCUUCUCAACUGUUCUCCCAGCCACCCACCACACAGAAAUUCAAAUACAGAAUUUUUUAAAAAAAACAGCAGAGUGGCCCAGUGGUCACAGAAAAUCAUAAAAAUGCAGAAAAAAACCACACAAGCUUCCAGAUUCUUGCAAACCCCUCCUCAACUGUUCCUCCAGCCACCCACCACACAGAAAUUCAAAUCCAGAAUUUUUUUAAAAAAACAGCAGAGUGGCCCCAAUGGUCACAGAAAAUCAUAAAAAUGCAGAAAAAAAACACACAGGCUUCCAGAUUCUUGCAAACCCCUCCCCAAAACCAAGUCCUUGAAUUCCAAACACCCCAACCCAAAAUCCAAAAACCCCCCAAAAAGUUUUAAAAGUUUAAAAGAAGUUUUGGAAAAGCUUCAAAAAUCACCAAAGUCUUCAAAAACCUCAAAAAAGGCUACCAUACGAGUUGCUCCUCGAAGUCAAGUCGCAACUGUAUUAACGGUGUUAAGAAAAAGGAAACAAACUUGCAAGACCGUUUCGUUUUUCGUCUUGCGAAGCAAGCCCAUAGGGAAAUUCGUCUUGCGAAGCAGCUCAAAAAACGGAAAACCCUUUCGUCUAGCGAGUUUUUUGUCUUGCGAGGCAUUCGUCUUGUGGGGCACCACUGUAAUGAAUAUUAGGGAAAAUGUUGGAAUGAAACUAUAUGACUUUAGCAGAAAUGAUAUCAGGAGUAAUGUAUAUUUGAUAACUAAGAUUCAAGCUUUAAGGUGUUUUAGGGUAAGAUAAGGUUAAAUUAAUUAAGGUAAUGUGAAUAAUAGAAUAUGGGGAAAGAUGGAAAGGAUUUGUUGAGUUAAUUAUUAGAUUAAAUUAGGUUAGGAUGAAUUUUUUAACAAAAAUUGAGAAAGAUGGAAAGAAUUUGCUGAAAUAACUAAUUAAACUAGAAUACAAAAAGGGAGGUGUGAGGAAGUCAGUGAAACAAGCAAAUGGAAGUUUUAGAUAUGUAAGUUGUUUUGUUAGAUAUUGUGUUGUUUUCUUUUUUCUUUUUAUCUUUUUGUUGUAUUGUUGUAUUGGUUUUUGUGUUUUUUUUCUUUUUGUCUAUUAUAGUGUUGUUUUUUAAUGUUUUUUUAAAAUGUUUUUCUUCUUAUAAUUCUGAAAACUACUAAUAAAUAUUAUUAUUUUUUUUAAAAAAAGAAAGCUCCUCUAUACUGAGUCAGACCAUUUGCCAAGCCAGCUCAGUGUUGCCCACGUUGACUGGUUGCGGCUCUCCAGCAUUUUGGACAAGGGUCUCUCCCACCCCUACCUAGAGACGCUGGGGUUUGAACCUGGGACCUUCUGUGUUCAGGACAGAUGCUCUGCUAAUGGCCUUUCCCUUUAUGAAGCAGAGCCAGGAAGGACUUCUGCUUGAGACUUUUGAGCAGCAUUAGAGCCAGUAGGGUGCUGCCCUGCCAACUGCAGUCUGCCCUCAAGCAGCCUCUGCCUACCUGCCUUCUUAUUACAACCGCUCUACGGGGUGGGACUGGCAGUUAGCUCCUUCCUCCUUAGCGCUCAGUUCAGUGUUGCCUUUGUAGAACUCAACAGGGAGGAGGCAAAGCUAGAAUUAGUCAGCUCCCCAGUCAUUUGGCUCUGGUGCCAUCUACUGUUGGCCUCCCUGCUUUCCACCCCACCAGUGUCAGUGAACACCAGCCGCCAUUGCCUUUUAGAACUGUUCUAGUUAGAGUAAACAGUACUGUACUAGACUAUCUAACGGUUUGACUCGGUUUUAGGUACUGUCAUACGUUGCAAUGGCAAUGGGAGAAUUUGAACCCAGACUGAUUAUGUGGCCUUUAUUUUACCCACCAGGUUUGUUUUGUGUGUUAAAUUGGACACUAGUCAGUAUAUAGGUAAAAAGCUCUUGCUAUUCCCAGUUGUGUCUUCAAACUCAGGCCAUAUUGUUCUCAGUGGAGUCCUUAUGAAACCGUAUCUUUUUUCUUUCUCAUCGAUUGUUUUACAUUAAACUGAAAGACAACUUUUAGGACUGAUAGUAGAAAAAGGGCACAUUUGGUUUUGCAAAAUUGUUCUUGCCCAGGGGAAGCAUUGGUUAGUAAAUAAAGCUUUAAUUAACAUCAUCCAUCACCAUGAAGGGUGAGAUAUUAGUUCCUGUACUUGUGCUUGUAUAUUUUGAUGGUUCUGCACUGAAGUGCAUGCAGAUAAUUCCUUUGAGGAGGCAGAUGUAAAUUUUUAGAUUUUCGAGGCUGAAUAUAAUUAGACUUUAGAAAAGUAGCAGUCUCCUUUUCCUAUUUAGCGGGAAGAAUUGUUGAAGAGUAAUGUAUAUCUUUUGUCAUCUACUUGGCAAAACAGGAAGUGGACUAAUGAAAACUUUGUGUUAUUGUUUCAUUGACUAAUACUUAGCUGCUAGUAUGUACCUUUGAACUUUUGGGGACUGACUUCUGAGUGAAGUUUCAGAAGAUUGUGCUACUCAUUAUUUUUUUUAUGGCUAGUUUUAUGUGCCAGUUGAAUAUGACCCUAGUUUUAUGGAUUUAUUAAGGUAGAAUUUUCUUUGACUUCCAGGAACCUUAAAAGAAUUCUCAGUUCUCAUGUAACCUUAAAUAGGUUACUGCAUUCUCUGGUAUAAGUCAGAGAAAACCCACAUUAUGAAUUCUUACUCCAAGAGUUUGUAGAAGUUGCUGAAUAUUUCUCCCGGGCUUUACAACUGGGAGAUAUAAAAGGAAAGUAGUGGUUGUUGUCAUUUAGAAACACUUCAUUACAAGAAACAUUAGGAUAGGAGUUUAAAGAUGAUUGCUGCAAAAUGGUGUAAGGUGUGUGUGUGUGUGUGUGUGUGUGUGUGAAGUCUGCCUCGCUGUAGAAGCUCCAUCAGAAAACUAGCUGCUGUCCUCACUACUAAUUAAUAAAAAUGCUAUGUCGGUUGCAAGAUAAAACUUAGGUAUAAAAGGAGAAUUCCAAAAUCCAAGUUUGAGACAAGUACUCUUUGGUGAGAACCCCAGCAGAGAUUUAAAAUCACUAAAUUAUUGAUAUAGGAACUCAAGAGUGGCUUGUAAGAGCCAUGCGGUCCUGAACUUGAGCAGCCAUCUCAGAUCUCCUCACACUUUCAGCUUCUCAGGUAGAAUGAAGGGGAACAAGGUCUUGAUUACCUAGUCUCUCUUAAGGUGAGCUAAGCCUGGCAGGACAGCUUACUCUAUGGCACAACCCCUUCCUUCAUGCAUUAAUUAAACAUGUUGGUUAUAUGAGGCUGGUUAUCCCACAAAAGCUUGUCUCAAGCUGUUGAACCCAAACUUAUUAGAAGGAAUCUUUCAUAUUAACAUUCAUCUGUGUAAUUCAGUGCGAGUGGAGGCCUGCUACCUUAAAAAAGAACCCUGGGAAAUGUAGGAUGUGGACACAUAACUUGAGUGACCCAAACUCAAGUGGAUUUAUAUACUUGGAAUCUCAAGUGGAUUUAUAUACUUGGAAUCCAGUUUGUGAGACCAGUAGUUGGCUCAACUUGCAUCUCAGUUAUUUUCAGUAUGGUUGAGUAGAUUAACAAUUUCUAUCUCAGGUGAGUCCAGUAAUCUGUCUGGGCCCCCACUGUUAGGUUUUAUUUUUUGUGAAUGGUUAGUUCCAGAAUUCUUGGAUUUUACCACUUGUUUCACAAUGUAUGUUAAAGAAAGAUGGCAUCAUAUUCCUAGAUGGGGUGUGUGUGGGUGUGGGUGUGUAGUACAAAUACUGCUAAACGUGAAAAGGAGCUCUUCAUCAAGUUUGUUCCUGUGGCCAGUGGUGAAAAUUACAUACUCCAAAAUCCUUUGUAACGUACCAGUCAAUGAUCUGUCUACCUCCUUUCUCAUUACAAGGAGUGAUACAGUACAAAAGCUGCUAAGACUUGAUGCUUUUUCAACCUGAAUGGCACCUGUAAACCUGACAGUUGCUCAAAGGUCCUUCUUGUUUUCCUGAUCAAUGAAGGAGAAAAUGAAAGAAGGAAAUGUCACUCUUUUGAAAGUGGGAAACACUUGAGACAGAAAAUCUCCCCCACCUCAUUUUUUGUGUGUUUUUUAAAGGCACAAAUGCUAGCUGUAUAAUGAAAGGCUUUUUGCAACGCCUACUUGCUUUUUGCUAUCUCAAAAGUAAAAACCUUUCUCAGUGUAUUGUAGAAGCAUGGAACGAUACCCUAAAGAAGCAAAAUGUCAUUAAGGGUCAGGCAGUCUGUAUAUGUCCUUGACAUAUUGGGUCAAUGGGUUAUGUUUGUUCAGGAAUUUUAUGUCUCUGGAUGCUAGAAGCGUGCCUUUGUUCUUUUCUUACUCUAUAUCAAAUCAAUUUGUCACUUUGGAGCACUGUUGCUUGGACUGCACUGAAUGUUCUCCUCUUUCAGUUUGGGGGGGGGUCAAAAGCUUGCUUUCAGAGGACCAAUCUACUCCUUGAAAGAAUCCUAAAUUCUGUGGAUGUUAAUCUCCUCUCCCCCCACCCGCCCCAUAUUUUUCACUCCCAUUGCUCUGCUGCUAUUCUGGCAACUCCUCCCAUCCACACACGAUAUUGCCAUCACCUUCUGUUAGUCACGUGGGCAAUCCUAAUCCCAACUCAUCAUAAAUAGGACGAUUUCAUGACACUACAUAGCCAAUGAGAUCUGGCUACGUGCUGAUGUCACUGAAGACAGACUAAGCCAUUAACCUCAAUCCCAAUAGAUGGACACUUUUGCAUCAUUUCAAUACAGCCAUAAAAAAUACUGAGAGCGGGGGGCUUUUCAAUGCUGGUGAAAAUAUCCACGAACAGUUGGGUGCUCUGAUUUAAUGUAGUUUAUUUGCCACUGUCUUCUUGACACAUCUAUGGCUUUAAAAUUGCAAAACUGCUGUAUCCCAAGCAAAGCAGACCUUUGGAAAGUUCAUUUUUCAUCACAAUCCUUGUACAGUGGUACCUCAGGUUAACUACUUAAUUCGUUCCAGAGGUCCGUACUUAACCUGAAACUGUUCUUAACCUGAAGCACCAUUUUAGCUAAUGGGGCCUCCUGCUGCCGCCGUGCCGCCGGAGCAUGAUUUCUGUUCUCAUCCUGAAGCAAAGUUCUUAACCUGAAGCACUAUUUCUGGGUUAGCGGAGUGUGUAACCUGAAGCGUAUGUAACCUGAGGUACCACUGUAUGGUUAGAUUGAAAGCCCUGUCUUCAUGAAUGCUAUGCAACCUCUUCUUUAUUCAUAGACUCCCCUGCUGCCAUGGGUGGCUUGAAUGGCAUUCUGCGGUGCAUGGGGCCUCUUCAACUGAUGUGGUGCCUGCAUUCUGCCCACCGACAGUAAAUUAGGACAGGAGCAGCAAAGUUGGCAUUUCUCUGGGUAGCAGAGCCUCAUUCAGAGCAGCCCUUGAUGCAAGGAAGGGCCCUGCAGAGAGGGGAGGGAGAUGCUUGGCUUUCCUAUCAAUGCAGCCCAAGAGAACCUUGCCGGAAAAUAAUUGAACAUUACCUGUUGUGCUCUAGCAAGUCUUUUCCCAUGGACAACACAGGCAAGAAGACAUAGGCAUCUCGAAGAAACUGGGCAGACCUUGAAGUCAUCUUAGUAGCUGAGAAUUCUCCACUGAAUUGUGGCCAGUCCCCAGAGACAAAAUGGUUGCAGGAUGUCUUCGGGAGAAGAAAAGGCUCAGGGGUAAAGUAAACCCUGCUCACAUCCGGAGAAGAGUCCCUAAGGUGGUUGGAUGAUGCCUUGUACACCUUCUGGCAACACCUGCAGCCCAGCUGGUGCCAAACAUAUUGCUCUGCUUCCUUUGGACCACAUCAGUGAGGCCAAGAGGACCUCCGUGCACACUGCCCACGCUUGCGCCCUCAGAAGGUCACUUUGGUGCUGCUAACACAGCGGUUUGACUUCACCUCUGGAGGCGCCCUCCAUUGUCUCUCGAGACAGACAGAUGCCGACAACAGCAAGAUUGAGCUGCUCAUUCUGAUACAAAGUUUCAGAGUUUAGGAGAAGGGCCAUUGACUUAGUGGUAGAACAUCUUUUUUAUGCAGAAGGUCCUAGGGUCAAUCCCAGAUAGGACUGGGAAGCAACCCUUCAUGAAAUUCUGCAGAGCCGCUUCCAAUCAGUAUAUCAACUAAAUAGAGAGCUGUAAGGCAGCUUCCUAGGUUCCUGAGAUAGGUGGGUCAAGCAGGGAAAAUUGGAGGUGUCUCAAGAAUCCUUUUGGGUUUCUAAUGGAAGAUACCUUAGUGAAAUCAAAUAUUAACAAAAGAAGGUUAUAUACGACAGUGGGACACUCAAGACGGCCCUGCAAUGCAAAUUGAGAGGAGUUGGGUGAAGUUGAUAGGAAAGGCUAACAUGCCAAUUCUUUUCCACAAUCCAAGCACAUGCUACAGUCUCUGUUGUGAGGGGUGGGGGGUAAAAAAGUAGCCCACACUGCCAUUUGGAACAGUCCCACUUGCAGCAUCUGAAUUCGCCACAGGUAAAAUGGCCCACUUUAAAUUUUAGUUUUAAUACAUUAUUCCAGUCAUCACACACUUGUUCCUCAGUGUAAUUUGAAGCAGCCAAUAGACUGAAGGUCAAAAUUGUAAUUCUGGUCAUGGAGAAUCAUAUCAAAGAAAUCGGUUUUUUUAAAGAAUUUCAAUCUUCUAUUUCUUUGUUUCAUAAUGGAUUUUCAUUUUUUCUUUUUAAAUGCCUUUGUUAUGCAUUAGCAGUCAAAAAAUUAUUGUGCUGUGAUUUGUUGCUCACUCGAAAGGUAUUUCACUCAUGAACUACAUUUCACUUUUAAUUUAUAAAUAGGUUUCUGGCUUAAAAGUUUACUGAUGUGGAAUAGACAGAGUUGUCUUUGAGCUCAAACUGCUUGGCCUGCUUCUCACAGUAACAACCCCUUUGACCCAAACACCUUGUUUGUUUGUUAUUCUCCUUGCAAACUCUUGAUGUCUUAUUCUUUAAUGUUGUUUUUAUAGGGCACAGCUUUCCAUCUUUUUAAUGUGCAGGGGAGACAACAGCACAGCAAUGCAUUUGAUGAGGUGCUUGCUGUAAUAUAAAUACUUUGACAAAGUGUGGUUGUUAAGAGAAGGUGCACAUAUUUGAUGACUGAAGAAAAGUCUGGACGUUAAAAACAUUUAGAUCUUCAGGUCCAUUUACUGUUGUUGCAAACCUGCAGAGUUUUGCUUGGUUUGCAAGAUUUCACUUCAUUGAUGCUAGAGGGUAUCCCUGUGUUUUAGUACUUGGUGUCUUAAGUUUUGCCCUAGCAUAUGCCAUUGCUUGCUUAGUGGCACUAGUAUUCAGCUGUUAGAACUAUGCCAUCCACAGGCAGCAUUGGGAAUAAGAUCUCACCUCUUCCAUUUUUACCAUCACUCUGCCCCUCCCUGUAGGGUCCCCAAAUGUCGCUGGUACUUUAUCCCUGUUUUUGAAAUGUGGUUAGUAGAUUGGCCACUUGGUGAAACUCUAAUCACAUUCUCACUUAUGACAAAGUGACAUAACUCACAGAUGACCACACAAAUAAGUAGCGGCUACAAUGCUUUUUUCUGGGGGGGGGGAAUGCAAGGGGACGCAUACACCUAAACAUUUUGUGAAUCUUUGUACUUUUGUCCAUUUACUGUAUUUAUUUUUCCCGAUUUGAACUAUAAAAUGGUGGUUUUCUUGAGUCAAAGUGAGAGUACCUAUAAACAUUAUUUUAGAAAAAAAGCACUGAGCGGCUAUAUCCUCCACUCAUCGAUGUAUUUCACUGUAGAAAUUCAAUGGGAGUUUGAAGUAUAGUGAGAUGAGCUGUCCAAAGAAAACGUUGUUUGUUUGUUUUAAAAAAGAAACCCAUUGAGCUAGUGCAGGCAAUUGUAACUUUAAACAGCUGUUUGAAUCCCAGCCUCAGUCAUUCUGUAUAAUCAAAAUAGUGGUUGAAAUAUGUAUCUGCUUGACACCUGCUAUCCAGUAGUGUAUCUAGAAAAUAGACCCUCUUGGAGCUUUAAAUAUGAUCGAGGUUUCCAUUUUAUUGUGGAUGUGGACAGAAAAUGACUUUAUCAAAACUUACUAUGCUGUAAAUCAUUCAGAUUAAUUUUUGGGUUAUAUAUCCCUGUUCCAAAUACUGCGAGAGAGCAUUAUUUAUUUGUUGCCCAUGUUUCUCUUCCCUCUAAUCUUGGUGGUUUCAUAUAACUUACUUAUAGUAAUUUAUUCUUUCCUAAAACUUUGUGCAUUUUAUUUGCUUGGAGCGACGAGAAACCCCAGAGAAUUCUAGUACAUGAUGAAUCUCUUCCACUGUGAGGGAUGAAUGCAUUCUAGUCAGGUUUCUCUUCUAGGUAGUCAUUUGAAUAACAUGAAGGCGAGGCUUCAUCAGAAACAGACUUCCUUGCUGAACAAAGCCAGAAGGCCAUUGCUUUUAAAAAAACACACACCCACAAACCCCACAUUUUUGUGUAUAUAUGCAGUGUUUAUGAGAUUUAACAAAAUCAUAGCUUGAUAAAUGGAUUCCUCGAUUAACAACACAAAACAGCUGCAGGGUUGAAGGUGAGUAGUAUAAAGUUCCUGAAUGAACACGUUCAUUUUGCUACCCUUGAGGACAAAGAGCUGUCUUAUUAAUUAUGCUUCUCAAAUCUCAGGCUUCCCGGCCUUUAGAAGCCCAUUGAAGUGUGUGGGUUCUUGUGGUCAGAUUAUCUGCCUCCUGGAUUCUUAAAUUUCAGCAAUAGCAUGGUUUAGUCUCCAGAGAACCCUGUGUUUCAGCUGGAUUUCAGCUAGAUAGAAACAAGACGUGCCAGUUUCCGUUGCCUGAAUACCUUAGGCUGUGUUCAUCAUGUUUCAAUAACUCUGAUGCCUGUCUUCCUUGCUUUCCUUCCUCCCUCCCUCCCUCCCUCCCUCUCUCUCCCAUACCCUAUGCAGGAGGUCUCCUCAGAUGCCGCUGGAACUCUGACUGCUGUUGAAGAAAGAAAGGAAAAGGUUCCAACCCCCCAUCUCAGCCACCUUGUCGUCCUGACAUCAGGCAGCACUUUAUAUGGCUUGGCAGAGAGAGUGGUCGCCACAGAAUCCUUGUGCGUUGACUGUCAAUCCGUGUUUCUUUCUAAUUAUUACAAUGGACACUUGCAGAUUAGUUUUUAGAUUCAUCCUCCAAUUGUUGAACCGCUUCAAGUGGGGUCUUCGUGGUAUUAACUUUCUCUCAUUGGCUAUGACGCUUUGUGCACGAUAAGAGCAUAAAUCGCUUGGGGUUAAACGAGGGAUUCAUGGUUCAGACUAUACUAAUAUAUCCUGAAUCCCAUACUUCUCUGUCUGUGGCGAUGCUUAAAAGGGAUGCAUUCCCAGCUUUUCUGCAUCCUUUUGACUUAAAAAUGUAUCUUAUUUUUAAGAUCAAUAUUAGAGCAACUCUUUUGGCCCACUGGGUAGCGCUGGACCGCAGCCUCCUGAGAGUGCCACUCCAUAUCAGACAACAUACUUGCCUGAACUUCUCCAGCUAUAUUCAGUUGCCUGGUUGCAUUGCCAACUGCUUUGUUUCACUGUGUUCUGUGGUUUACAUUUUUGUCUGUGUUCGUGCUCAUAGCAAACGGAGCAUUUUAAUUCAGAAAUCAUUUGUUAUCACUUUGUAACAGAGACAAAGCGUUGGCGCCAUUGGGAGAUUUCUUACAGAGAUAUGUGGUUCGUAAAAUUAGUGAGCAAGAGCGGAAAAAAUUGAGCCCCCUAGCCUCGGCCUCCCUAGUCUAGCAUCCUCUUUGCGUCAGGGGCAAACCAGGUCCUUAAGAGAUAGCCGCCUGCAGGACGCAGAAGGCCUCUCUUGCUGUUGUUCCCUAGCAAUUACUAUUUGGAAGCAUAUUAUCUCUGAAGAUGGGUGGGGGGUGUUCAUAUGGCUAUCAUGACUAAUAGCCACUGGUCGGCUUAUGCUUCAUGAAUUUGGCUAAUUUCCUUUUAAAGCUGUUAAAGCUAGAAGUCAUCACGAAAGAUAUUGGGAGUUACAUCUGCAGGAUACGACGUAGACAGGGAUCUGGUCCAAAAGGCUCUUGUAUUAUCUUCUGGAGGCAAUAACUUUUUCUAAUAUUUGUACCGAGGUCACAAUGGAUUUUUCUCUUUUGUUUCUCAGAGUGUUUUUAGCUGAGCAGUUUGAGUUCCUCCAGUCUCAUCUUGAUGCUGUAAUGCCUCCAGCCAAGAAACCUUUUCUUCAGCAGUUCUAUUCGCAGGUCAGGAUUCUGCACACAUCCACUGUUUUUAUUUUUUAAGGGUGGAAUUCAUUGAUUUCUCCUGAAUGGCUAUAUCACCUGCAUGACACAGUGAUGUGUUGUGCAGUUUAUCUGAAGUUUUCCUGUACCAUAGGAAGAAAAUGCUGUUAAUUACACCAGAUUCUCCUUGCGUUCCAGACGGUUUCAACAGCCAGUGAACUCCGUAAGCCUAUAUACUGGAUUGUAGCUGCUAAAGCAAUUGAUUAUGAACAGAUGCUGCUGCUAAUGGCAAAUGUGAAAUGGGAUGUGAAAGAAAUCAUGUCACAACACAACAUUUAUGUAGAUUCUCUUUUAAAGGUGAGUAUCUCUUUUCUUGCAUUGCAUUUUAAUGACCUAACAAAGACAGAAAUCAUUUCUGUUGGUCCCUUCUUAUAUAUCCUGUGCAACACAUUCUCAGCUGGAUGUUUUGCUCUAACCAAUUUUUUGUUGGCGUUGCUAGAGCUAAAAAUAUUUGUUUUCCCAUUAUUAAAGCUGAAGACUUGUGGGUAGCUUGCCAGCAGUGAGAGUAGGAGACCUGCUGGAGUUCAAUUCGGUUCAUGAGUUGGUAUAUAUCAUUAACAAACAGCAUUAUGGGACUCUCUUAGCUGGAAAUAUGAAAAGCCUGUCACAAGAGACCACAAAUAUAGAAGGAAAGCCAAGCUUAAUUUAAUUAAUUGUUGGUGGUGCCAGAAUCUGGUCAGAUUGACCUUGAGGAGUAAUCGUCUGCAAUUACCUUCCCUCUUUUCAUUUCCAUUAUGAGUUUUAUGUCUAUCUGCUAAAGACUAUCUGCGUUCCCAGACGUACCUGUAAGCAUUAGUCCUUCACUAGUACAAUCAUAAGCAGAAGUAAGUCCCACUUUACUUGCAAGUGAGUGUGCAUAGGAUGGUAGCCUUUGUCUUCUGUUGUCCUUACAUUUCCUGGACAAGAAUAACCGACUUGGGGAUAUGUGAAUUAAUUUUAUCCAAUCACCAAAUUAUAUAUUUUUAUGAAUUCCAUUUGUAGGCUACUAUUCCGUACUAAUUCUUCCCAGUUUUAAUCCUUAAUUGAGACUAACUUUUUCCUUAGUAACUCACACUUCACGCAGGCCGACUAUAAUAAAAAUAUGUUUAGUGUGUGUUGCAUGUAGUGCAUUUUAUGAGUUUAUAUUUGUAUUCUUUAGGGAUGGACAAAUCCUGCCAAUUCUGAUUCAGUAAUAAGUUGAAUUUACUGGAUUGGAUACUCCAUAUCCAUGUUUGUGAAGUAUCAUUGGAGCUGUAGAUCCCAUGAGCUGUGUGGUCUAGGAUACUCCCACAUAUGUGCAGGAUAUCACAGCAUGAGCCAGGUUCUUGCCACACACCCAGCUGGACUAUUUAAUUGCUCCAAAACUAUGGAAGCUACAGUAUGAAAAGUGGUGGCAUGCCCUGGAGCGCACUAGAAGCAUCAGCACAUACUAGCCUAGGUUGAGUUAGGUAAGCCUCCAUGCAGAAAGCUCCAGGUUCAAACCCUGGCAUCACCAGUUAAAGUAUCAGGUGACAUGAAAGACCCGCCUCCUACCUGAGACCCUGCAAAGCCUUCUGCCAAUCAGAGCAGACCUAGCUGGACCAAUGGGCUGACCAAGGAUAAAGUAGCAGCGUGAACACACUUCAUGCCAUAUGAACAUUCCCCGUGUUCCAAAAGCAAAUCUUAAUUCAGCUACAGAAUUUUAGAUGAUAAGGGAGUUUAGCGGCAACCCUCAUGAUAACCAUAAAUGAGAUGAAGUAUAAUCCAUUUUCUCUCCAUUUUGUAUCAUUGUGAUUUGUGCCUCCCUUUGCUCCCUCUAUAUAAAUGAGUUUUCGUGUCUAGAUAGGUAUGUUUUGUAUGUAUUGCCACCACUGACUAAUAUUCCCUUUAUGUUUUAUUAGGAAUUUGAACAGUUUAACAGGCAGCUGAAUGAGGUUUCUAAGAGAGUUCGUAUUCCAUUGCCAGUGUCAAAUAUUCUUUGGGAGCAUUGUAUACGACUAGCUAAUAGAACUAUUGUAGAAGGGUAAGUGGAUUAUGACACCUUUUCUAAUUUUUUUGUGGGUCCCUCUCCUUGCCUUGUAGCACAUGGUUCAACCCUGCUCUUUUCUUGUAAAACUUUAAAAUUUGGAUGAUGUGAGCUAAUUAAUCAGAGAAGCUUGGACUGUGUGGACCCUGCUUUAGCCUUGAGUUGGAUCAAGGAUGGGGAAUCUUCAGGCCUCCUAUAUGUUGUGGAUCUCUAACUCUCAUCACAUCCAGCCAGCAUAGCCAGUGGUCAAGGAUGAAGGGAGUUGAAGUCCAACAACAUCUGGAGGGCCAAGGGUCCCCAUUCCUUGGGAAGAUCGUCUCCAGGUUAUAUCUCAAGUUCUGCAGUGAUCACACCACAUGUGUCCAUCAGCUGCCUUGCAUAGGAGUCAUGAGGAAUAGAAUUCUUGAACUGAGCUUGAGCACAGAGCCACGGUGCAUGUGUAACAAUAUUAUUUAUUAGGGGAAACCUUUCCUUGCUCACUUCAUUACUGGGUCAGAACAGCUGCUACGGCACCUCAAGGUUCUUAGGAACAUAGUAAUCAAACAAUUGGCCCAUCUAGCUCGGUCCAGCAGUGGCUCUCCAGGGUUUCUGACAGCACCAUUCCCAGCCCUACCUGCAGAUGCCAGGGGUUCACCUGGGAAUGUCUGCAAGCAAGGCAGAUGCUCUCCUACUAAGCUACAACCCCUCCAACAUCAAUUCAACCAAGAGAAUUUAUCACUGCAGAAGUAUUAAUAUCACUUUGGGCUGUUUAGGUGCACCCCAUACUUGUUCCCUAGAUUCAAAUUCAGACCAUUCAUUUUCCAAACCAAUUGCCAUCUUGAAGGGCAAGAGAAGAGUAUUCACAAGUGACGUGAGAGUUGUCCCUUUAGUCCUCUGUAAAUACAUCAGUCUCCAAUAGCAGCUUGAUAUCCUUACUGCAUUCUGCGGCAAUUUGCCCACAAAGAUGAGGACGUCAGAGUAGUUACCGCGCAACCACGACUGCACACUUAUCUGUUGCCUGUCUGUCUUAGUUACGCAAAUGUCAAAAAGUGUAGCAACGAGGGGCGUGCCUUGAUGCAACUGGACUUUCAGCAAUUUUUAAUGAAGCUGGAGAAACUCACGGAUAUUAGACCUAUUCCGGAUAAGGAAUUUGUUGAAACCUACAUCAAGGCUUAUUAUUUGACUGAAAAUGACAUGGAACGCUGGAUCAAGGAGCACAGGGUAAGACAUGGAUUUUUAGUUCCUCUCAUUGGGUAGGAAUUGUGGGGAAUAUCCUUGAGGCAACAGUGGAGGCCAUGUAAUUUAAGCAGAGGUGGCUGGCAAGGAAAGCGAUAAACUUGCUCUCCUCCCCAUCCACUUGGUCUGAAGUCACUUGCCCCAUGAUAAAAAGGCCCGUGAGAGAGAGAGAGAGAGAGAGAAUAAGCACUAGGCUUAUUUCCCUCAUGUCAUUAUAAUCACCUGAGGGAGAAUAGGGGGGCACACUGGCAAGCCCCACCCUCCUCAGACGCAUUACAGGCCCCAUAUUGAGAGCUGAAGGGCAUUUGAUUGGAGCUAGGAGCCUCUACUAUUUGUCACAGCAAAUGUUGGAAAUCAUAUGGGGAUCCCUGGUUUAGAAAAAAUGUGCUGGGGACGACAACUUCCCAGCACUUUCUUGCCAGUGUUUGUAAUCACAUGAGAGGGAAGAUUUCCAAAUAGGGUUUAAAUCUUUCAAGGAAGGGUAUAGGCUCCCAGGCUGAUAUGAGUCCCUAAAGAAGGGUCUGACAACUGAAAUGGGUUGGGCUCAUUUCAAGAAGCUAUUUUCCUAGCAUAAUGGAGGUGCGUGUCUCUCCCCCCACCCCCUAUCCUGGCUUCUGUGUUUUUCCCUUUCUUUUUGAUUGGUGCUUUUCCAUUCUGUAACAGUCUGUUCCCUGUACUGCUUCCUUUCUGCUUAAUAUACUAAGUUUAGAAGGCCCAUUAGGAACAGUUCUUGAUUAUUUCUGCGGUUGGUUGCAUCAUUAAGGAAUUGACCCAUAACUUUGGCAUUGUUGUAUAAGAAAGCAAUGAGAAUAAUACAUCAGUCAGAAAAACAACUGCUUUCUCAUUUUCUGGUUAUUUAUCCUAUAACUAUUUUUAUACCUUGUUUUACUAUACACAUGAAAGCUUAUAGAUAUUAAACUAUUAAAUCAAUUUAUUUUAGAAUCAUGAAAGUUAGAAUAGAUCACUGUAAGCCUGUAGAUUCAUAAACUGCCCUGGGAACUUAAUUACAUGGGUGGUAUGUAAAUGCAGUACUGAAUAAAUUAAGGGACUAAAACGUUCUCCAAGUACCUUCCAUAAAAAGCAAUCUCUCUUCUGUUGCUUGUAGGUUUAGGAUUUAUCAGAUCUAAACAAUAUCCAUGAGGCCACGGCUGUUAAGUUCUUUGGGUGCGCUAAUGCAGUCCUACCUUGGAAGUUGAACAGAAUCUUUUCUGGAAGUCUGUUCGACUUCCUAAAUGUUUGACUUCCAAACCACGGCUUCUGAUUGGCUGCAGGAAGCUCCUGCAGCCAAUCAGAAGCCACGGAAGCCCUGUCGGACGUCCAGCUUCUGAAAGAAUGUUCAAAAACUGGAACAAUUGCUUCCAUAUCUAUAUGCUAGGUUGUCCAAGGCUGGCCUAAGUAGACAUAAAUGAGCCCCAAUCAUGUUAUGUUCUAUUGAUGAUGCGCUACAAUUGCAGCACAAUAGCUGUGAGCUCGUAAGAGAUUCUGGGUGGUAAUAGGCUGGGAAGGAGUCCAUAUGCUUGCACCAAAGGAAACCUGGAAACAAAGUGAAUUGGAUGUGUCAGAGCUGUGCUUAACUUUUCUCACUCAACGAGACAUCUGAGGCACACAGUGUGCAAACCCACCAAAGGUCACCAAUUAAUCAUCCAGAGCAAAAGGGGGAAAAAAUGUCUUGGCAGAUUAUUUUCUUUUAACAUUGGAUAAUAACUCCCUACCUAGCUCCCAGCGACUUCUUCCACAAAUCUUGUUUCAGCCUCUUUUCUUUAUCCAUCCAAAUAGUCUGCGUUGGAACUUAUAUAGCUCUACUAAAUGUGAGCCUUUUUAAAAAGUGCUAUUUUUGUACACUCCUCAUUCUGAGACUAUUGCAACUUCUAAACAGUGAAGUUAGAAUCCUAGUUAUUCUCACCAUACAUUGGUUGGAACGGUGCAUGGUUGCAUUUUUAUUAUUAUUAUUUUUAAAAACUUGCAAAUGUUGCACUGAGUCAGUAAUCCUGGAUUGCUCUCAAUCUGGCUAGACAUUUACUUUUCUUGGAUGAGCUUAAACCCACUUUAAGAGCAUUUCCACCCUUCUCCCUUACCCAAGAGAAAUGUUAAAAGCUUUACCUCUGUUAAAUAAUCACUCAAAUGUUCUGGCAGUGUCUAAAGCAAGAGAGAGCUCUGUUUAAACAGGCAGCUGUGCCCUGGCACAUUUCUGUGUUUUUGUAAGAGUUAACAAUUAUCCUUCUUAAAACACUAUUUAAGAAAUGUGUUCAUCUUUUGAUCAGGUACAAUAUUGCUGAAUUUCCCCCCCUCAAAUCCUUUUAGGUAAAGCUAAAUUGGAACUGUGAGCAGAAGCACUAAAAACAGAUUUGCCGAAACAGUGUUGUUUUCUUAGUAUCUGCUUUCAUGGUUGUUUUCAGUCUUAGCCAGUUUCGCAUAUUUUUCCCCGAAGAAUGGAAAAUAAAUUUUAAGUGCCUUAAGAUGUUUAAAUAUUCACAGAACUGCAUCCCAUCCAACGCUUGACUAAAACUGUAAGCAUUUCCCCGUGAUAAUCUGCCGUACUUGUUGCAAAACACCCUUCUAAGCUUCACAACCACAAAUAAUAGCCACAUGUGUGGCUUUGAAUAUUUCUUCAGAAAGUGACAAGUUCUGCCUUGGUGCAUUUUCUUCCUUUUCUUUUUCUUUUAGCAAUACGUUUCUUAUUUUCUGGGCAGUGUCAUUCCGCUUGCUUGGAACUAAAAUGUGAUUUGCUUUCUUUGCCCAGGAGUAUUCUGCCAAGCAGUUGACUAAUCUGGUGAAUGUUUGUCUGGGGACCCACAUCAACAAAAAAGCACGACAAAAACUCUUAGCAGCUAUCGACGACAUUGAUAGGCCUAAAAGAUAAUAGGAGAGAGAUUGCAGGGUUUUUGUUUUGUUUUUUUAACCAAUGAAGAGAACGAGGGUAUCUCUAAUGGACUACUCAUGGAAUUUGGUUAAAUUUGGAAAAUUUGUGCCGUAUUCCUAUUGACUUUGAAGGCACUUUGAAUCAGUGCAGUGGGCUUUUCAAAUGCAAUUUUUAUACUGUCUUUUCUGUUUCUUCAGUUGUCAGGAAGGCACUGUUGUACCAUUUUGGCUGUAUAUUUUCCUUAAUUGUGUACUAUAUGGCUAAUCAAAAUUAGAAGGAAACAAGCUGAGAUAUUAAUAUAUUUAGUUGGUGUUUUUUUGUGGGGGGUUUUUUGUGUCUUUUUGUAAAAGGGCUGCUAAUGCAGUAGUUCACCCUUCUUUGCUCAGAAGGCGGUUAUGAACCCAUAUAAAGAGAACUUUGUUCAGAGUCUUCAGAUUAUGAAAUGUGCAUGUCCUUUAAGAGUGUGCAUCAGCAAAAUAUUACUGUAAUGUUUAAGCUCAUUGCCUUUUUAUUUCCUUGCAAAUGUAAGUUCAUUUCAGAAUGAAAUCUGUCUUGUCAAAGGAAUUGACCACAAAUUAUGGGAAAGUAAUAAAUACUGUACACU